UGCUGACAUUCAUUCGUUUUGAAAUGCACUGAUAUUUUGAUUUAAAUGCAGAAAGACCACAUUGACUCAUGACUUUAUGUGUGUAAAUACAUUUUCAGUUGAUGUGAAGUUGUUUUACAGUUUGUGUCAAGUAUUACUGUUUGUUUAAUGUCUUCAAGGUACAUUCAUCAAUAAGGCUGAUGGGUUGAUUUUGUUUAUCACUUCCAUUUCUUCCCUCUUUUUAAAGGUACGGUGUAGCACUAUCUCUCAGUCAGAUUGAAGAUUAAAAUGCUCUCCUUGCCAUCCCUCCUGUUGAUGAGGCAACUUCGGCCAUUGAGGGGCAAUAGUCCCUGUGAUGGAUGACAAGUGUUAUCUGUCAUUUGUUAAGUUCUUCCACAUACCAAUACUAUUUCAUGAGGGCUCAACAACCACUUUCUUAUACUUCAUUCAUCUGCUGCAUUUCAUGUGGCUACUUAAAAAAUACUCUGUUACUAAGUUUGCCUUCUCUAUGCUCUGGUAGAAACAUGGUAAUGCAAGAUGGUGACCUCCAUGAAAAGGUACCUGCUCCUAAAAUGCUAAGGAUUUCUUUAUUACUGUCAUUUUAUAACAAUUUAAGUCUACUGAUAAAUACAAUAUUCAAUUUUAACAUAGUCCCUCUAGAUCAUAGAUUAUACAUUAUUAAAACUAUAGAUGAAUUAACCAAUAACCAGCAUUUCAAAUGACUUUGAUUGAGGGUUUUAUUCAGUAGUUUUAAAUAAAAUAAAAUAAUAAUAAUAAUAAUAAUAAUAAUAAUAAUAAUAAUAAUAAUAAUAAUAAUAAAUUAUUAUUAUUAUUAUUAUUCAAACUCAAGCCAGCCAGAGCAGCUGAAAUUAUUUGACAGCUGUGCUUGAAAAUAGACACAGGAUUCCAUUCCACUGUGUGCUCAGCUGGCACAUCCUUGUGGCCAAGAUGGGUAGUGCAUGUGUGCAGAUUUUGCUCCUCUUCCUUUGGGCUUUUAGAUACUUUUUGAUGGUUGAUAACACAUGGGUAUGUUGUUUCACGAGUAAUUUCAUUUAUUUUAAAAUUAUUUACUAGAGACAAAAUUUAUGUAACACUGUUGCAAACACAUCUUGUAGCACUAAAAGCUUGUAAAAUUCAUUAAACUCAAAAUUUAAGUUAGGCCAACUUAAAAAAUACAUAGCACCAAAAGUUUUCAUCAAACUUUAUUAAUAUUUGCCAAAAACAAGAUGUAGCAACAGCCACAAUAAACAUAAAAUAGAAGUAACAUAACAUUAUCACUGUGAAAUAUGUUCUUUUUAUCUAUUAUCAAAGGCACCUAUUUAGCUGAUAGACUAAUACUGGACAACAGAGAUCUCGGUAGAGCUGUUGCAGCCCUCUUUUUUGUUUAGAUUCAUAUUUGAAACAUUUUUGUAUUCGCAACAAAAACUUGAAACAUUCAUCUUCUCUUACAUCUGCUCUACCACCACACUAAAUACUCCACCUCCUUCCCCCUCAGGUGUGCUGCAGCCCCACAGGUAGGGGGAGGAGGGAGACCAGAGAUAGAGAAAGAGAGAGGAAUCAAGGAGCAGCCAGCCACACAUAACAGUCCAAAAUAAAGGAAUUUUUAAUUAAUUGCAGAGAACAGGAGGACUACUCUGUGAAAAAAAAGAAAAAAUGUAAUGGCCCUCCAUCCAUCAAGCCCAGACACAACUGGCCAAUCAAAUUAAAGUGCAGGCUAGAAGUUAAUUUUUUCAACUCUAUUAAACACAAAACCUAUAUCUAAACUAUAUCUAAAUUAUUAAUACUUUUCAUUUUAAAUUUUUUAAACUUGAACUUUUUGUACUCUAAUCCGGGUUUACAGUGUAGUGUACUUUGGAGUAAUGUAAUAACACUUUCUCACCGUAUACACUUGCAAAAAAUAUAUAUAUUAAUGCAGCUUAACUUUCUAUUUUUAUUCUUUUUUUAUUACAGCAUAACAAAGUGAAAAUAUUUCAUUUUCACCAUGGAAGAUAAUUCAAGGGCGGUAAUUCCUGGUUACAUGAGAUUUACCACAAAGCACUUAAGUCUUUUUUUCUUUUUUAAAUCUUAAACUGUCUAUUAGUUUUUGGCUGCUAGUAGGUGCUUGAUGAUUUUAAAACCAUAUGGUUUCACGAAAAUCCCUCUAUCACGAAGCAUUUAUUAUACCUUUGUGUGCCACAAGAGAGUGCUAGGGAAGUAGAUAUACUUUACCUACCACACUCUUUAGACAGAAAAACAAAACACAGCUUUUAACUUGACGAACACUUGACUUUGAAAAAACAGAAGGUGCACAAAAACACGGGGUAAAACAAUAAAACCAGGUAUUUUGUGAGUUUUUAGUUUUGGUGUCUAGUGAAGCAUUAGGUGAGCCUGUCGGUUAAGUGAAAGUAAUGCGUCAGACGGAAGCGCUGUGUUUAAACUUUACAGUGAGGCUUUUAUUUUGUAAAUAAACUAGUAGCAUUUCCGGUUUUGCACCGAUUAUUAUAGUUUGAUUUCACUCCAUUCAUCAUUGGCGCCAGGCAGAGACAGCAGAGUUCAGGUGGCUACGAGGAUGAAUUCCGUCUACACGCUGUUGCACCUCUCAGUACACUUGAAAAUGGCAACAGAAACUUUAGUUUUCACUAUUUUGUAGGGGGGAAAGAAUUGUGGGAUUUUAUCAGGCUUCUCUUCAUUGUGCGCAGUUGUUGAAGAUAUUGUCGAAAAGCGGGGAAGUUAGACGUCGUUUCCCGAGGUGAGUUCGACAUUACUUUUGACGUUUUUCUCCGUCUUUUUUAAUCUCCUGUAAAGGUGUAACAUUGAAAUUCUGGUUGGGGGUGAUUGUUUUAGGGGUCGUGAGGUUCUACUGCCGUUGUUUAUGACCCUAUAACCUAACAUGCGCUCAGAGAGAGGGAGGCAACAAAUGAUAAUAAAAAAAGAAAAACGCGACAGUCCAAGGUGUGCCUUUUUUCAUGAUUAUUUUGGACCUAUUUCAGAUACAUUUUUGUAUGACUACUCCUCGGGUCAUCACAUCAUCCUUGUUAACCACUUUGGCUGGAAUAUAGCAGGGAAGCUUUGCAAUUAGAGUGAGGGCAGAUGACUACAAGGUGCAGAUGACUACUAGGAUGACACAGCUUCCACACACGCGCCACAGUCAAACUCAACCUGCCCUCUCUACCUGGCUUUUUACCUCCCAAUGAUAGGAGUGGUGACAGGUGUGAACGUGGGGUGUAAUUGUGUGUGGACCUCAGAGGGCUCAGAGCUACCAGAAACUUGGGAGGAAAACCUGCAUGACUUACUCAGUUGGCACCUGCUUUAGUGCUUUUACCUUCUUCUCAUAAAAAGUGCAGAUAGUCUUCCUCGAGCAGCACACUGUAAAGGCUUUAGAAAAAGUUGGGAUACCCUUAAUGUGUUAUGUCUGAUUUGCAUUUGGUGGGGAAACAACAUAUUGAUGAAAUAUCAAUUUCCCCACCUGAAAAUAGAUCUCUGCCGGGUCUGUAAAAGGGCAGUGCAGUCAUCUGCAGGUCGAAGCACCUAUCAGGGCGCAUUAUUGCAGCAUAUGUGAAUGAUUUUAGUUGUAUGCAGUGCAAACUUGGUUUUGUGUCAAUAAUUUUUUGAAAUCAAGGUUGAAAAAACCCAAACAUAGCCUGACCUUAUCCCUUCAUCACCCCUGGGAAAUGAUAUGAAAAUAAGUUUUAAGAUUUUCAGUCUGUCCCAGGCUUUGCAUCACCUAUGAAUGAGUGUGCGAAUGAAUGAAAAUAACAAGUAUUUUCAGCAUGUCAACACUAGCAGUGUGGUAUCACAGGAGCAGGGCUGUGGGGAAGAGAAGGGAGGAGCAUGCUGGGUAUGACACAUUAGUAUCUUAGCAACAGACAGCAUCCGUGUAGCUUGCCGCUUUGAGAACAAAAACACCUUUAUGGAGACAAGGUGCCCUGCUGUUUAUUUGUUACUGAAGCCUGUCGGAAAGGAUGCCUCAGUUGUUAUUACAUAUCAGAGAGCAACAAGUUACUGACAUGUUCAGACAGGUUGUUGUUAUAAAAAAAAAAAAUUUUGUUUUUUGUCAGUGGAUUUUUCUCCAUUAAGUUGCCUGAAGCUUCUCCAUUUAAGAGAUUAUGUGGUGUUUUUGAUCCAAGUGUGUUUGUGUGUGUGUGUGUGUGUGUGUGUGUGUGUGUGUGUGUGUGUGUGUGUAAUACUGUUGAGGCAUCCUGAGUGCAGCCUAAGACCCACUCUGGAGUCAUUCUGCAUUUCUAAAGCCUCAUUUCAUGUGUAUAACUUUCUGCUGUGUUUAGUACCUCCUCUGAGGGUAUUUUGAACCCAUUAAAAUCAAUAGCCAUCAUAAAACUGGACUGUAGGGGCUGUAAAACCUGCUUAAGGGUAGAGUUAUUGAUAUGUAGCCUCUCGCCUGUACCAUCAUUUUUUCCACUCAUGAGUUCGAAGCUUGACCCAAAUUUAACAAAUUCAAGCUCCUUUUUUUAAGCACUUUAAUAACCUAUCCAUGUUAGUACUGAUAUAUUUAGGGAAACUGCCUCACAUUACAAAAUAUGUGCAAAUAAACACUCGCUCGUUGAUAUGUGACAAACAGGUAAAUGCCUAACAAGACACAGCAUUUUAACCAAUGUAUUCAUGUUUGUACAAUUAAAUACAGAUGUUUGUUUUUUAUGUCAUGAUCGUUUCUGUGUAUCUUUAUAAUUUUAUGUUUGCAUUAGGGAUGGGUGAUAAAUUGUUGUUCACAAUAUAUCGUCAGAAAAAUCCUCCAUGAUAAAUAUUUGCCAUCUCAUGAUACGAUAAAUGCAAGUUGAUGACAUAAGCGCGAGUGACGGACUCGCAGCCAUAGCCAACACAGAGCAGAAUAACAAACAAACAAACAUGGCUGAAGGUAAUGAAGAAGACGUUUCUGAGCAGCUCGUUACUAACCGAGGCUCCACAUGAGGGAUCUCCUUCAAGAUUGGGGCUUAGAUGAAUGCAAUCACGUAUGCCUGACACUGGACAGUGGAUCUGCUGCUGUUCACUGUGAAAUAAGAGUUUUCAACAAAUGUUCAAAUGUUGUUUUCACAUUUGAGACUUGUUUGAUCAGUUGUCAUCAGUUUUCUCUAUAACCUACCUCUCAAACUUGUGGUUAAGUAUCUUAUUUGACUACUCCAACUAGUGUUCCCAAGGCAAAAUGAGUCAAAAAUAUAGACUGGAAUUAUAAUUUAUUUUGUUGGGACUUUUUUAGUUAUCACCAGAAUGGCAAAUCUUAAUGUGAUAAUUUUUUUAGCCCAUAUCGCCCAUCCCUAGUUUGUAUGUAUUUAUCUUUGUACAUUUGUUUGUUUGUAUGUUUCUAUGUAUGUUGUGUUUCUUAAAGAUAAUUUUGGAUGAUAUGGUUAUGACCAAGAUACUGCAUGAAAUGUGGUUUGAUGUUGGUCUCUUUCUUAAAAUUAGUCAUUAAAAGAAGUUAGCUAAUACUCGUAGAAAAGUUUAACAUGGAGAUCCUUUAUAAUCAAACAAAUCUUAAUCAGGGAUGCUCUGUAUUAUUGAUACAAAUUGGUAUCAGCAAAUAAAGGCUUGAACAGCCUGGUUGAUAAAAAUUUCUGCUGAUUUCUGCACGUUAAUAACAAGAAGCUUCAACAUAGUACUUCAAGCUGUAAAAAAAAAGAGGCUGCAUAUAAUAGCUUUUUGCAAUGCCUGGCAUCAGCAUAUGCCCAAAAACCAGUUUAAAAAUGUUGGCAUAACAGAUACCAGCAAGAACCCCAUAUCCUUUGUCCCUAUUCUCAAUACUUGACAGAUAAUUUUAGGUCCAAAAUACUAUUUUUAACCAGUGUUGUUCCAGUGCUGCAUUUUAUUCCGAACACCUGCUGUGGGCACUUUAAAUACGCUGGCAACGAUUGAGUUUUUGUCAUGUUAACCUGGGUUGGUCAAAAUACUGUUUCCUAAUUAGACAUCAAACUUAAUCAUCAGAGACUUCCUCAGUCCUUCUAACAUCAUUUAUCAGGGUUUUUUGGGGUGACAGUAGCUCAGGAGGUUAAGCGGUCGUCCAAUAACUGGAAGGUUGGAGAUUUAAUUCCACCCUAUUCCUAGUCUGUCCGUUGUGUUCUUGUGCAAGACCAUAGACUGUAUAUAGAAUGGAAGCCACUGUGAGUAUAGAACUGGUUUGUGCUCAAGUCCUCUUUUUUCUGUACAGCUCCAUUUUUAAAAGUUAUUAGGGGGUUCAUGUUUUAUAUGAUUGACACUUGAUACAGCCUAUGGGCGUACAAAGAUUGGGUCGCUCACCAAGGGGAUACGCUGUUUGAGCCAAGCUUCAUCACAGCGGCUCUCCCGCUGAAUGCGUACAACGUUACUGUGCAAGUUUUGGCUCCAGGAAGUGGAGAAAAUCUCAGAAGUACCGAGAGCAAUUUGGCUUUAAAUUUUAUAAUCAUGGAAGGUGGAGCCAAAUUGUUCGUAGUCUAUGGGCAACACACUUAACCCACCUUGCUCAUAGUGUGUGUCCUUCACCGAUGUAUGAUUUUGAUUGUUGUGUGGUGGCAAUCGGAGGCGCAGGUGCAUACUGGCAGCCAUGUUUCCGUCAGUCUGCCCCUGGGCAGCUUUGACUACUACAGAAGUUUACCACCACCAGGGUGUGACUCUGUGAGCGAAUGAAUGAUGUAUCCAAUGUUAAGCGCUUUGAGGGUCUUUGAUAAAGAGCUUUGAAAUCUGAUGCGCUAUUAUUUUUAUUACAAUGUUGUGCAUCUUCAUGGAACUUAGUCAUUUUCGAGUAUUUACCUUUACUGAUUUGUUUUGUGGUUGCUGUCUUGGGCAUUGUGUUGUUUUGUUUUUGUUAAAUUAAGUAGCACUAAGCCCUAUGUUUGUUUUGCACCAUUGCCAAAGGCAAAUUUCUUCUCGAUGACACUAAAGAGUAUCUGCUCUUAAAAACAUUAACAUGUGUAAUGAGAUGAUAAAAAUUCUCCUGGAUCAACGUUUGUUCAUCCAUGUUUUAGAAAGUCAGAUAGCUCUCUGUCAUCAUACUGUCCCCUUAAACCAGACUAAAGCUGUAAAAUUUUGUCUGUUCUACAUUGUGCUUUUAGUCAAUAGUGCUAGGAGGAGUCCAAAUGUUUCAAAAUUACCACUUGAUAUUUAAAGAGCACCCAUUGUCAGGUAGGACAUGAAGCCAUUGUGGGAUGCUGUUAAACUAAAGUAAGUCUUAUCCAUGUCUCUUUUUUUAUUGCUGAAGGGUGUUUAGUUGUGACCUCAAACCAUGGCCUACACCCUGGGUUCAGCUACUGAUGGCCAGACACGCAGUGUCGCACCUCAGCACUGCGUCACUCGGGUGGAGCUGUCUGUUACUGCAUCCAGCCUGCUGGACCGAGAUGUAGCCUCCAAGUCAGACCCGUUCUGCGUCCUCUUCCAUGAGGUGGAUGGAAACUGGGUUGAGGUAAGGAUUAAAGAGUAAAGCUGGCAGAAGGAGAUAGUGAGAGCAGAAGACACUACAGAAAAGAGAGAGAGAGAGAGAGAGAGAGAGAGAGAGCAGUGAAAAGUGGGUGGGUUUUGUCUAAACAAAGCAGGGAAAUAGAUAUAUAUCAGCCAAGGAUAAAAAUGGUGAACUGAGAGGUAAAGGCUUAACAGAGAGAUAAUAUGUGCUUAGAUCAUCAGGAGUCAAGCCUGUGUCUGGUACUCUCUGUGCUAUGAAUUGCCACUCCAGUGGGGCUGAGAGCAGAGAACAAAGGUAAGUCAGAAAGAAGAAGACUGAAGGAAUAUUGGGAGAUUUUUACAAGUAUCUGAAGACUUUUCAAGGUCACAUCCAGUGUGAUGGCUCCUCUAAACAAAGGGCCUAGCCAGGAUCUUUCUGUGUUAAGUUUGCAGAAAUGAUAUGCUGUGAAUAACAUCCAAACUCAUGCUGUCUUGACCAUCUGCCAUGCGUCCCAGUUCACUUGACCCAGUAAGAUGUUGCACCAUCAACUAGUGUGACAUAAGUACUUGUUGUGCACAAACUCAAAACAAAGAAGGUCCUGUGGGUCUGUCUGCUGGCAAGCUAGGUGGGACCUCUUUGUGAGGGAGAUGCAUGUUCUCUCCAUGGCUGCCGUGAAAUUUCACACUGAAAUCAAUUAAAUCCAAAAGAAUUGCUUUCAACAGUGGAUUUACUUAAGGAGAGGGUAUUAAUCCUACAAACUGCUUUGAUUCAUGAAUUCUUUUGAGGGGUCAGGGAGCCAAUAUGGGAACUAUGAUGGAUUACUCACACUUUUAUUUUUCAUCUGUUGCAGAAAAAAAGGCUUUGUUUCCCAAUCCAGAGUCAAUUUUAAUUAAACUAAACGGUAAACUUUGUUCCACAAAUGCUAAUGCAAGGUUUUUAAGAGGACUCUGGGAGCUAGUUCUGGACAAACAUUUAAACCCCAGAUUUAACAGUGCGCAUGCUUUGUGUACAUGCACAUGUUCUGCUAAAUGGUGAAAUUACUCAAAGCUCUUCUGAUAACAAAGACUUUCUCUCAAAAUCUUACUCCGAUCGUAUUUCUUAAAAUUGUGAUUAUUAAGUUUUUAGCCAAAAUCACAUUACCUUUGUCAUUUUCAAGGGCUUUUCUUCUGCAGAGCUCCACGAGAUCAUUAGCAAUUCACCUCUGAGUCGUGGGCGGAGACAGCGCUGCUCUGCACACUCUUCUUCAUGCUAGCUUGUAGCCUAACAUUGUUGGUGUAGAUAGAAGAAGUAGCAGGUAACAUAGGAACUUUUCAGCUCUAAGACACUAAUGUCUUUGGGGUCAUGAUGAAAACUAAUAUUAUAAUCAGCUUCCAUAUGGGCAUUGCAAUCUGCUAAUGCACACGCUUGUUAUGCAGUCGUCCUCUCUACUUCUCAAAGUCUGGCCUGCAGAGCGGGGUGCUGGGGGCAGUGCUUGGAGUUAGAGUUGUUCUGAUUCCGAUACCAGUAUUGGAAAUUGCUCUGAUAAUGCCAAAAAUGCUGGCAUCAGUAUCGGCAAGUACCGGUGUCCAGGCACUGAUCCGAUACCACAUUAUUUAUUAAACAAGUAAUUUAUUUAAUGGUUAGCACCAUUAGCUCUGUUCUGUUCAAAGUCCCUUUUUAUUUAAAAUAUAUUGGCUGCACUUUAAUUUUUUUAAAAGUAAUUAUUCCUGGAUUUAUUGAGUUAAACUGCAUUUGCUGUUUUUUAUACUGUUCUAUUUAAAAAUAAAUUUGUUGAAUUUGCUGUAGCUAUUUGUAUUUUACAAAGGGUUUAACCUGUGCCAGACCGUCCCACAAGGAUAAUCAUAUCAUAUCACAGCACACAGUAGGAUGUUUUUUUAUAACAUACUCAUAUCGGAUCGGUACUUGGUAUCGGCUGAUACCCACAGCACAAGUAUCAGAAUUGGUAUUGGGAGGGAAAAAUUGGUAUUGGAGCAUCUCUACUCGGAGUUGUGAUGUAAAAAAAGCUCACUGCAUCUGAUCCUGCCGUUUAAGUGUGCCAGAGGUUCAUAGCAAUAUGAAUGCAGAAAUACUCAGAAAUGCAAUUUUGCACAUAGUUUUUUUGUGAUAUGUCCUGUAGCAUCAAAAAAUGACCAUAUGAACAUGUAGACAACAAGAAAAACAUGAUUUUAAUCAGAGUGGGUCUUUAAGUGCCACAGCCAAAAAUUGGCAGCAUUUUGACAGGCUCUGUCUGAAGAGUAGCAGCUGAUGACACACCUUUGACUCUUGCAAACCAUAGCCUGGCCUCUGCAGGCAAACAGUUCAGGGCUGUGAUUCUCCCACCUGGGAGCUGACCUGGUAGCAGGCACUGGGAGUUGGGUUUUCGGCAGAGCAUCCGAGAAGGAAACAGGAGUCGGCAGGAGUCCCAUCUCCAAUGGGAGCAGGCGCAUUCCCAGCCAAGGAGACAGCUCAGUAUUUCACAGGCCACUAUAAUCCGACUAGACCACUCUAAAAUAGCUUUAAAAAUAACUAAUUUUAGAAAAAUAAUCAAAGCUGUCUAUAAAGUCUGCUGGGUUCAUUUCUGGUUGGUUCAUUCUGUCACAAAGCAGGCUUUUACAAGGAAAAGGACCAAAAUGUAGACUUAAAAAUAUGUCAACAUUUAAUAAACAAAAGCACUACACUAGAUCUUGAUAAAACAAUGAGGGGCAUGGAAUGUAUGGACAAUGAACAGGUUUUGACAAUGAACCAAUGAGAAGAGGGAAAGACAGGGACUGUAAACAAGCAGCAGGUGAGGCAGAUAAGACACAGGUUAGACUCCUGAGUAAUGAACAAAGGAAGGAAAACUAAGGAAGUAAAGUAGAUUGGAUACACAGGGUUUGAGUAAUACAAAAUAAAACAGGAAACACUGAAACAGGGAACAGAAACACUAGAGAAAAAAAACAGAAAAUACAACUAAAUCACAGAGAAAGAAAAUCCAGGUUUUAAGUGUUCCUGAUGUGUUUGAUAGAUUUCCAGGUCAUAACCAGAACAGUCCUGGUGACUAACUGAGACAGACCCUACCACAAUCCCUGCCCUUCAACUCCUGGAAACACUGUUCACCAAGAUGUCUACAAGUUUUGUGUUGAAUAAACUCACUGCAAAGUUUUUAUCCCUUGGACAGACAAACCAUCCCUCCUUCAUGUGUUGAUCAAACCUUUUGCCUGUGCUGAAGCUAUAAUGACCUCCGCCAAGGAGGUUUUGUUGUCGGUAGCGUUGGUUUGUUUGUUUGUUUGUUUGUUUGUUUGUUUGUCUGUUAGCAACUUUACGGAGAAAGUUACACACAGAUUGACCUGAAAUUUUCACCAGAGGUGCGUCUCAGCCCCAGGAGGAUCCCAUUAAAUUUUGGUGGUGAUCCGGACAAAAUUCUGGAUACUGUGAUCCAGAACACACAAAAAUAAGGGUGUCGUUGGAAUUUUCAAUGCUGAAAGAUAACUAAUGGGCGGCACAGUGGUGUAGAUAGGCGGCACAGUGGUGUAGUGGUUAGCACUGUCGCCUCACAACCAGCAGGUCCUGGGUUCGAAUCCUGGUCAGGGCAUUUCUUGUUGUAGGAACAUUAUGAACAGUGAACAUACCAGUUUAAACACAAAUAAAACUUCAUAAAAGACACGUAACAGUAAAAGUUUUGGUGUGAAUCACAAUAUAAGGGGGGACAUGAGCUGCUUGGCAGAGGUCUGCGCUCUCCAAGUGCUUUUCUAGUUGAAUAUUAAAGCAGGUUUUAUGAAACAGAAUUAACAGUCAUAAAAAUAAUUUAUGUCCACUGGUACAUCCUGUCCUGUAUCUUUUGUAGUUUUUUCUUGCUCGAACUGGUAAAACACAAUGUGAUGUAACUGCUUGAUGUAACACAUUUUAUGGUGUAGAGACAGAAAGGUAUGAGCUCUACAUUGAAGCUGUUCCAGGGGAAUAUGGUGAUGAAGUUUUGGUGUGUGUAGGCUGCUGCCUCAAGGCUUUUCUGUAGCAAACGGCUGGUCAACAGGGCAAGCUGGCUUCUGUGCAUGUGUGCGUGUGUGUGUGUGUAGGCGAGUGCCUCAGGUUUUAGCUAGCUGGCGGUCAGCAGGGCAUGUUGCUCUGAUGUGAAAUUGCCAAUGGUUUCUAUGGCAACAGAGGGGGAAACAAAAGCUUAGCACUCCUGGUGUGAGGGAACGAUGUAGAAGGCAAAAUGAGGCCCAAACCUUUUCUCGGGUAUCAUCCACAGCUCGCUGUUUUUCUCACAUCACAGCUUUCUCACUUUCCAUGAUCCCCUCCUGUUAGCUUUGUAAUCUCUCUUCUGCCCUUGUCUGUCUUUUCCUAUCUCAAGUCCUCCUGUCACUGUGUGUCUGUCCUGUGAUAUGGAGGUGCAAAGACUGACUGGUGAAAAAAAAGUGGAGGAGAAUUCUGAGAAAAGAGAGUGAAAAAGGGACGGUCGUGAAAAAUUCAUGAUGGAAAAAUUGAUAACAGCUAAAACUGGUGUUGGAGAGGCUUUAAAUAACACUGCAGUCUUCCAGAAACAUGACACUCAGCUAUGCAAAUGACAUGGCACCCUGUUAGCAAACUGCUUUUAAUGGCUUUUGACUUCCACUUACUUUUUUCUUUCUUUUCUUUAAACCCUCACCCUAAUCACAACAUGUAUCAUGGACCCCUGUAUAUGACACGACAAGAGAUAAAUGUGGAGUUCAACCAAAUCUUUAGCAGGGAGCUAAUGUAAAGUCGUGCAGCAUCAUAGAUCAAGUUUUAUUGUCCUAAAAUUAAAUGUUCUUGUUUCUGCAUCAUUCUCUCUCAAAUUUAGCAUAAAGGAUUACUACCUGAAUGACUGGUAACCAAAACUUUCACUUGAACACAGUGACUGCCUUUAAAGUGAUAAAUCACAGCAGUUUCACAUUCUCAAUAAAACAAACCCUUCAAAAAAUGUUUGUGUUGGUAAUUUAUCAAAAACUGAGUUAAAUGUUGUCACAUAACAAGUAUCAAACAGUAUUAUUUCUAUGCACAUAUAUUUUGGGAGUAAAUACAUCCCCAAAUACAUAAAACUCAUGCUGGAUUGUGAACAAAAACUUGAAGUUACUCCCAACUGUUCGGCCUGUAAUGGCCUUGCUUCCAAACUUUUGGCCUGUACUGUAUAUUUAUCACCCCAACACAAACCCUUUGCCAUUCCUCCAGUUUUAUGGACAGUCUAGUGUUUUUACCAGCUGUUCUCCGUCUGCUGCAACCCCUGGCCGGGCAUAAUUUCCCGGCUUUAUUACAGUGUAAAUGUGUUCUUAGUUUAUAUUGACAUAUAAAAAGUCUGACUGCAUCACACCCACUGCGGACCGGACCAUAGUUCGUUUGGAGGGGGACCGAGUCCGGCAUUUUCAAGAGGACCAUGACCUGUUUGUUUGAUCCGGACCACAGUUCCCUUGCGCAUUCAUACCACCCGGACCAACGGAGUAAGGGAACCAUGGUCCUUUUAGAACAAACCAAACAGUCCUGGUAUGAAUGUGCCCUUAGAAACUAAUCCCACUUAUUCUAUUGACUCACCCUCGAACUCUAAGGUGUCUGGCUGUGCAAUUCCAAAUAAAACUGAGCAGGGGAACAACUAUUAAAUAAAUGUGCCCAUAGGUAACUUUCAAAUCGUAGGAUAUGACAAAAGCCUGAGUGAUUCAUAUUCUUAUAUUAAUAUUUGCAUGUCAGUGUUCGAUAACUGUUUUUUUUUUCUCAUGUAUCUGGUGUUUAGGUGGAUGGAUAUAAAGAAAAAAGGCAGAAGGAGAUUGCCACAAGGGUGUCAUUUAUUCCCUUGAAUGUGACCAGUGAGUCUGGUUUAAAUCCACAGGGGUAUAUGCACUCCAGCCUGCCAGGCUGCUAUGAUGCCUUAGUGAUAUCAGAUUUUAAGCUGAAGUGCAGCCAUUCUUCCUCGGCUCUCCUCUCAUGCGUCACACAGAUGAAUAAGAGCUCUGAGCCUUGUUAACAGUCUGAAGUUUCAACCUUUUUGUUAAGCACACCUCUACCCAGUUCUAAACUUAUGACACUUUGUUCAAAAGUUCUAUGAUUGCAGAUAAGAGGUACGUGUCUAAGAUUUUUGGUACCACAAAGUCAUGUCAGCCAAUGUCCAAGAUUUUCUGCAGCUUUAGGAAGACUACUAAGAAAAAAAGUCAUGUUCAUUUUCCACGUUUAUCCAUGAUAGAUAACUAAAUAAAUAACCGAACUAGAAAAGCACUCGGAGAGCGCAGACCUCCGCCAAGCAGCUCAUGUCCCCCCUUAUAUUGUGAUUCAGACCAAAACUUUUACUGUUACGUGUCUUUUAUUAACGUUUAUUUGUGUUUAAACUGGUAUGUUCACUGUUCAUAAUGUUCCUAAAACAAGAAAUGCCCUGACCACGAUUCGAACCCAGGACCUGCUGGUUGUGAGGCGACAGUGCUAACCACUACACCACUGUGUCGCCCAUCUACACCACUGUGCCGCCCAUUGGUUAUCUUUCAGCAUUGAAAAUUCCAACAACACCCUUAUUUUUGUGUGUUCUGGAUCACAGUAUCCAGAAUUUUGUCUGGAUCAGGAUCAACCUUUGACACCUCAUAAAACUCAUUGAGAUCCUUUUGUGUCAUUUUUUACUAAAGACUCUGGCCAUUUUUAUAGAGUUAAAUGCAAAAAUUCCAAAAUUUGCCCUAUCUCACAAUGAUAAAGAAUCCUUCAAAAAAUUCCUGGAUCCAGAAGGUGAUCCGGAUCACCACCAAAAUGUAAUGGGAUCCUCCUGGGGCUGAGACGCACCUCUGGUGAAAAUUUCAGGUCAAUCCGUCUGUUACUUUUUCCGUAAAGUUGUUCACAGACAAACAAACAAACCAACAAACAAACCAGUGCUACUGAAAACAUAACCUGCUUGGUGGAGGUAAAAAGUUGAUUAUUAUUUCUGCUCUAAUGGAAUCCAAAAAACAGGCAUAACACAUAACACAAACAUGCUGUAGUAAAUUAAAUCAAACACAAGGCAUUUUUAAAUAUUUCUCUGGUGAAUGAACAUGACAUUUUCUGUUUAGAUUCUUUUUCUUGUGUUUUAGCUAUGUCUCUAGAGUGCAUGCUAGGUCUGAUCUUGUUUAUAAAAUGAGCCAGGCCUUUUAGUAAACCCGCUCCUCAAAAACAGCUGAGUGUAAUUUUCUCGCUCUGGAGUGCUGUUUCAUUUUUGGACAUCCAGCUGAUCAGGUCCAGGCUCUUUAACUGUCAGCUUUUCCAAAGAUCUCCUCGGACAUAUGAUUAAAAGCUGCCUUCUCUGCUGUCUCAGUCCAGUGACCAUUCAGAAAUACCUUUUUCUGUUCAGUAUAAUUUAGGAGUGUUGAUGGGCUGGACAUGUACUGACCUCAUCUAAUGGUGGAUAAACACACUGUGCAGAGCGCUCUGGGUGAGUCAGACUGGAGAGUAGCACUGUGAGUGAGUAUUAGUAAUCCAACCACCAGAUUUAGAUGACCAAGUGCAGAAACCAUGACUCUCACAGUGCUCUUACUGACACCCUUGCACUCUCAUCUGUCUGGGUGUUGAAAGGAAUUCUUAUUGGGGACACACGAACACAGUAUUUAAAGAGUCAUAAAGCUAGAACAACUCUGUAUGAGUGCAAGAACAUGGAAAUGUUAAUUCAGACUGAAGUUUCCCAACCAUAAUAUUUGUGUCCUUUGAUAUGAGCUGUGGUCUCCUAUUCUGCUUAAAUCCAAGCUGGGCAACUUUGCAACUAUGUUGAUCCUUUUGUCUUUUUUGGCUCUUGUUUUGUUUGUUAUUAUGCUUUAAUAACCUUUAGUAUCAGUCUUCAGGGGGAUCUAGUUUGGUUGCUGUCUCUGUUUUAUACAGGUACUGUGUGAAUAUAACUGUUCGCCAUAACUAAUAAAAUGUGUGACUGAUAAUAAUUAAGUAAUUACCUCUGCCAAGGAGGUAAUGUUUUCGGUAGAGUUGGUUUGUUUGUUUGUUUGUUUGUGAGUUUGCUUGUCUGUUAGCAACUUUACGGAAAAAGUAACAGACGGAUUGACCUGAAAUUUUCACCAGAGGUGCGUCUCAGCCCCAGGAGGAUCCUAUUAAAUUUUGGUGGUGAUCCGGACAAAAUUCUGGAUACUGUGAUCCAGAACACACAAAAAUAAGGGUGUCGUUGGAAUUUUCAAUGCUGAAAGAUAACCAAUGGGCGGCACAGUGGUGUAGUUGUUAGCACUGUCGCCUCACAACCAGCAGGUCCUGGGUUCGAAUCCUGGUCAGGGCAUUUCUUGUUUUAGGAACAUUAUGAACAGUGAACAUACCAGUUUAAACACAAAUAAAUGUUAAUAAAAGACACGUAACAGUAAAAGUUUUGGUGUGAAUCACAAUAUAAGGGGGGACAUGAGCUGCUUGGCAGAGGUCUGCGCUCUCCAAGUGCUUUUCUAGUUAAGUAUAUGACUGGUCACAUUAAGCCAACUCAAAGAUAUCUCUUUUACGCUUUGGUGAUAUGGCUCAAUGAUUCUAGUCUUAUUAGUUGCACUUGUAGGCUUAAUUUGCCAGUGGUAGCCAGACUGAUACCUCAACAUCUUUAAAUUUGCCCUUUAAAAGCAGGGUAGUGUUGUUGUUUUCCAUGGUUGCGAUGGUAGGAGGCAGGACGGUGUGCAACUACACACUACUGAACAAAUAUGUGUUUAUUUCAGACUUUCAUCAUACAGUAAAUCAUCCAAUAAUACUGGCAGCCCCAGUAAGAACAGUGUAGCAAACUAGAGAAGAUUGCGGGACCAUGCUUAUCCAUUAAUAGAGGAAAAAAACUUAUUGCACAACAAUCAAAAAUAUUCUGCUGGCAGGAAACACAAUUGGGUUUGAUUUAUUUCAUUAGAAAAACACAGAAAUACAACAUAUUCUCUAUCCAUCUUUUUAUAUCCCUUAAUUUAUCAUAACCCAGACUUUUGACACUGAUUUGAUGCUAAACUGAACAUUGUCUAAACAACAAUUCCAUUUUAUGACUUAACUGUGACUUCAGUGUGUCAUUCAAGAGCUACAUGUGAGGGUUUUACACUUAUAUGCAGUAAGUGGUGAUAUGAGUAAGAGGCUAAAUCCAGCAGAAUAGUAAAUGCAAUAAUCAGCCUUAGACUUUGACCUCAGACAGCUUUAGAAUAAAGUGGGUUUAUCCUCAGCUCACUUGGUACUGAAACGACAAAGACAGGCUGACUGACUCAAAAGCUGGCUUGCUCUGACACAAUCAUAUCUGCAUCAUGUAAGGUCAAGGAGAUAAACAAGAAAUUUGUUUUUGCAGCAGACAUUUGCCUCCUAACCACAAAGUGCUAUCUUUUACUGGUUAUAUUCUGUUAGAUGGGUAAUUGUUUCUCUCAGGGCCUGAUCUACUUCAGGUUUGCGUGUGCAAAGAAACGUGCAAACUUGAUAGCGAAACCUGAUCUACUAACCAGGUUCUCAAAUGAGCAAAACAGCAUGCGCAAUCCAUUUAGCAUGUUUGCCUUCAUGAAUAUGCAGAUUGUAUGUAGAUCAUCAGAAUGCGCAAAAUUCUGGGAGGAGUAUAUGCAAAUGCAAUCAUUUAGCACCCGCAGUAUGAUCUAUCAAACCCGGAAACUGAAUGCGGUCGCUGUUUUGCAUCUAUAUUUAGCAUGUUUGAAAGGCACGUGCAAACUGGCACAGCAUUACGCACGGUCAUUGUGGGGAGAAGGAUGCAAAAGUGCCAUGACAGACGCCAUGAUCCUUGUCCAAAUGUUUUUGAUUAAUUUCAUUUUGCUGGUAAAUAUGAUUUUCAUAGAUAAUAAGGUGAAACACGGAACAGACGAAAAAAGUUAUCUCUCUGUCUUAUUGAUUUUAAAUUGUUUUAAUCCCUUUUUUGAAUUUUUUUUUUUAAGUCUUUUACUUUUUUUGUGUGUUUCAGCUCUGCCGCACAGAAACAGCUGUGAACAACUUGAACCCAGUGUUUGGGGUGAAGUUUCAGGUGGACUAUCACUUUGAAGAGAUCCAGAAACUUCGCUUUGCCAUGUUUGAUGAGGACAAGUGUGCCACACAGCUCUAUGAACACGACUUCCUGGGAGAAUUCAUUUGUACCCUGGGAGUGGUAUGGACUCAUUUCUUUUCUGUACUAAAUCGAUUGACUGAGAAUGAAUAAUCAGUAGGUAUACUGACAUUGUGUGACCACCCCAUUCAAAAGCUCAUGGUGUUUUUUGUUUGUCUCUUACUUUUAGCUAAUAUCUUCAUCAGUUCAUACAGCCAGCUGUAGUAUUUCAGACUGAGUUCAUACAUAUACUCACAUAGCAGAAGCAAUGAGACAGUUUGACUGUCAACAAAUUAUGUAAUGAGAUGAUUUGUAAUUGCAUAUGAUAAACAUUUUGUGUUCAAGUUUUAAAAGUUUUUAAAAAAUUAGCGUACAUGUUAUCCUGUAAUUAGAGUUUGGAGUUGAUGGACCAAACUUCACCUGUGAGCACAUCUCAUCUUUGACUUCUACUAAUUGAAUUACCACUGUCUUUCUUUGUUUAACCUGUGGCUCAAGUUUUGAAACAUCUUUUUUUAUUAUUUCUCUGUGUCAUGAAGUCUCCUGACUUCUGACUUUUGGAGUCACAUCUUAGCUUGCAUUGUGGUCGUGGUGUUGUUUUUGUCUGUUGUUUUUCGUGGUUUGUGGUCAGUUUCCGGGUUUAGAGACUCAGUUUGAAAAGUCUACUGCUUGCCUGUUGUGCUCUAGCGUUUGCAAUGUUUUGUGUAUAACUUCACAGCACUGCAGCAAGAAAAAUUUAAUCCUCCUAAUUCCUCCAGAUGAGUCUUGAAAGAAGAAAUAUGGAACACACCUCCUCAGAUAGCACCUUUUGCACAAUCAAAUAGUGAUAAACCCCAUGCGAUAAACGUAAUGUAACAUGUAAUAACAACUCACUCACCUGCCAAUAUGUCAAAAGGAUGACCAGCUGAUACAUAGUAACCACAUAACCACAUUGAAAAGGAUUUAUAAAUAAAGUUUGUCAGACUGCUGUAGAAGGUCUCUCCUGUCUUCCCAGCUCAGUUUGUCCAUCAUGCUGUUUUUUUUACAUUAUUAAACUAAGCAGUUAUUUUCUCACAUGUCAAGCAGAAGGAGGUCACUUUGCAGUAUCCUUUCAGUGUUUUAACUUUUCUUUUCUUCAAUGAUUUCUGUCCCAUCUGUCUCCAUUUGACUACGCUCCAGAUUGUGUCUAAUAAGAAACUUCACAGACCGUUGAUCCUAGCCAAUGGAAAGCCAGCUGGCAAGGGAUCCAUUACGGUAAGGCUCAGAAACGUGAUUUAAAGGUACUCUUCCUCUAUGUCUUUAACUCUGUUUAUUCCUGUGUCCUGACACACUGAGAUACAUACACAUUCAUACACACAAGCACACAAGCACACAAACACACACUCAGAGAGUAUACAGCUAAAGCUGGCCGUGCAGAUGAGGUCACUGUUGUUUACUAUAAUGACAUGUUGCUUUAGCUUAUGAUGAUGAUGAUGAUGAUGAUGAUGAUGAUGAUGACCACAGUGAAGGUGUUAUUGAGGCUGCUUCUGUUACUAUUAUUGAUGUCAUGAUUGUUAUGUUGCUACUCCUCUUACUGAUGAUGCUCUGAGUGUCAGUAGUUGCCAGUAUUUUUGUUGCAGCUGAUGUUGUGUUGUUAUGUUUUUUUCAGAUAACAGCUCAGGAGCUGUCUGACAACAGAAUCAUCACUUUGACCCUGAGUGGGCGUAAACUGGAUAAGAAGGUAGGCAGUCAGACCCACACUUACAGACAAGCACACACACACAUAGACACUAUGAAUACAAAUAUAAGCACACACACACACAUAGCACAACCCAGUGCAUUAGAGCAACACAUACUGCAUUAAAAGGGAAAACCUACACAGGUGAGGUUUUAAUGUUCAGUUUCAAGCUUUUCACCUUUGCCCUUUACUAAUGGGUUUUUCUGCACACUUUAAGUCGGGUAUGAAAACCAUGAAGUAUUUUAUUUUUUGUAGAUUUAUUUAUUUUCAUUCUCAUAGCUAUCAAGUAAUUAUAGAAGAGGAUCAGGGCCACAAGGAAAAAAAGGUCCAAUUUUUUUUUCUCAGAAUUGUGCUAAAAAAAACGUUACUAAUAAUAUUACAUUUUUUUUCUUGUGGCACUGAUUCUCUUCUGUAAGUAACAGCUAGAACAUGGCUCAAUAAAAAUGACCAUAGGUUAAAAACAACAUUGUUUGAAUAUUGAUUUAAAAUAUGAUUUUAUUGUGCCUGCAGAAAUACAUGUAAAGAAAGUACACCCGGAAAGUCAGAAUAUCUUCAAACUCUUGUGAGGAGUUCUUGACUUGUCAUAGAAAAAGACUGAACUAUAUACUGACUUGUAAAUGUGGAAUACGUUUUUUUUAAAUAGUUUUUAUUCUAUAUAGUUGCCAUUGCAGCUGCUGGGUAGAUGGGCCAAAAACAACAUACGCAAACAUGAGACCCUUGUCGGGCGGCACAGUGGUGUAGUGGUUAGCACUGUCGCCUCACAGCAAGAAGGUCCUGGGUUCGAAUCCGGGUCAGGGCAUUUCUGUGUGGAGUUUACAUGUUCUCCCUGUGUCUGCGUGGGUUUACUCCGGUUUCCUCCCACAUCCCAAAAACAUGCCUAAGGCCCCAACUACACGAAUGCGGAUAUAUUUCAAACCGCACAUAUUUAUGUCAGAUUAGGCCUCCCUACCAUGCCAAAACGGGAGUUUGGAACACUCAAACUGGAUAAAUCUGAAUCCGAAAAAAACAAGUGGAGAAAUAAAAAAAUAUCCGUAUAAGUGGAUUCGUGUGGUUGAACUUUUACGGAUCGAUGACGUCAAACCGCAGCUCGCACAUGCGAAUUAAAAAGAAAAACAACAACGAUGGCGGACAUACAGGGUAUUCUUUACGUUUGUUUUGCCCUUUUGGGCGAAUGUCGGCCUUGCAAGUGAACCUUGUUUUAUACAAUUACAUCCACCAGUCAGCCAGCUCACAGAGGCGUCUGCUUUGUUAUAGCCGCCACACCGUCACAUGGACCCGACGCACUAGUGUAGCUUCCCCAAACAGUGCAUGACGCAUCACGCUGUUACGAUUCAUCGGCCAAUCACGUAGCUUUGUUCUUGAAUUUCUUUUAAGCAGCACCAGAUAGGAUUGAGUUUGAAGGCUACGUGUGGACGCAGAUAUUUUUGAGAACUAACACGUGUGGACAGAUACAUUUAUUUAGACAGGAGUACAAAAAUAUCCUGAUAAAUAAAUAUCUAUAUACGUGUAGUCCGGGCCUAAGUGAGGUUAGGUUAAUUGGCCACUUCCAAAUUGCCCAUAGGUGUGAAUGUGAGCGUGGAUGGUUGUACGUCUCUAUAUGUCAGCCCUGCGAUGAACUGGCGACUUGUCCAGGGUGUCCCCUGCCUUCGCCCGAAGAUGCUGGGAUAGGCUCCAGUCCCCCCGCGACCCCAGGAACGGGAAUAAGCGGUAGAAAAUGGAUGGAUGGAUGGAUGGAUGGAUGGAGACCCUUGUCUUACUGUUUCCAUGGUAACAAUUUACAGGAAGUGAUAUGCUUGUCUGUUUAAAGACAGCAAAACAGGUUUUCAUCUGAAAAACAACUGGCACAUGUACAGGACAAGAUCAACAAAAAGAAAGGAUGUACUGCUUUGACCACAGGGAUUGCCAAAAAUGGAUACAAACCAAAACUUUCUGACUGUAGCGUUGAUUAAGCUGGUUGACAAGAGAGUUUUCUAUCCAAACUGUUAGCAUAUUGGAGUGUAGUUGCUGAGGGGACACAAUAUUAAGAUGAAUAAUAUCUGCUUUCAGAGGGACUAACUGACCAACUCUCCUUGUUCUGUUUAGGACUUCUUUGGGAAGUCAGACCCCUACCUUGAGUUUCACAAACAAGGAGAAGAUGGUAAAUGGAUGCUGGUGCACAGGACAGAGGUGAGUCACUUGUGGAGUAAAAGCAUCAUUAACCAUGAGCCUGUCGCCGUCAGUUAACCAGGUCUGACAGCCAGUUGUUAACUGCGCAUUUAACAAUAAUUGUAGAACAGACUGCAGUUUAGUUAAUUCUACAGAGGCUACAGCUGUGCUAAAUAUAUCUGCUACUGUGUAAUUCAGUAAUUAUGUCCCUGUGUCUGUGACUUCAGGUCAUUAAGAACACUUUAGAUCCCUCAUGGAAAUCCUUUACUGUGCCGCUCAUUUCUUUAUGCAAUGGAGAUGUGGACAGGAACAUCAAGGUGUGUGGUAACACUUUUAUUGGUCAUUUUGUGUUUAAUGAGCUGGUUCUGAUUUAGAAAGAAAAGAAAGAUAACAAUACUUUGUGUAGUUGUAUCACUGUCCAUUUGAAGAAAUUUCUUUUUUUACACUUUCAAUCACAAAAGACAAAUUUUGAAAAGUGACCUUGAUAAAAAAUUAUUCAAAGGACAAAAAUACAAAGGGGUUGAUUAAAGCUCUAAGAAAUCAUCUUUCAAAGCAAACUUUAAAUGGAAGUAAUGUUGGCAUGAUCAUGUGAUGUGUGCUCCACAAUAACAGGUCCUAUGUUACGACUACGAUAAUGAUGGGGGCCACGACUUCAUAGGAGAGUUUCAAACCACAGUUGCCAAGAUGAGUGAAGCCCAGAACUCGGUGGAGGUAAAACAAAUGGGAUUUUAACAUGAUUUAGUGUGGGUGGAGCUGCUUACUGUAAUGAUACUGUAAAAACACCUGUUUGUUACUUUAAUCAUCCUUGUUUAUCUUUUGUUUGUGGCGAAAAAAAUAUUAACAUUCUCUCUGUUGUGCUUGUUGCAAAGGUAUAAGGAUAUGUCCCUAACUGUAAAAUUGUCUCACUUAUUGUUAGUUAAAAAAGCAAAAUGUAAUCACACACCAGCAACUUGUCAAAUUACCAUAAAAAUUGUCAGUCAUGCCUCAAAAACAAACUAUUGUUUUUAUUAUCACAAAUUGAACAGGACUCUGACAAAGACCAGCACAAAACAGAUGGACUGAAUUAGACGACAAGAAAAUUUUAACAUUUGAACUUGAUUUUGUUCCCAGCUGUCACAGACAGCAUUAAAUAGCUCCUAACAGUUGAAACCUCACUACCUCUGUUUGGGUGUUAGCUUGCUGUCCUUAGUGACUGUAUAGGAACUUUGAUGUCUGCAAGAGAUUUUAUUGAACUGAUUGACUGAUGACUGACCACACCACGUACCCACACUUGUAAUUUGAGUAUAAGACAGACACUAUGUUUACAAAGUGUUUUAAAAAUCCAAUUUAUUAUGCUAGUCUGACUGAGACUGGACUUUUUAAGUAGCUGUAGUGGCAACAGUCUGACUUAAAUUGCACUAAAAAGAAUUUCUCAUUUUCAAACCUAGAUAUUAUGGUUGGGGGAUGUGAAAAGUAUGUCUGUCAUUAUGUCAUGUACAGUACAGGCCAAAAGUUUGGACACAUCUUCUCAUUCCAUGUCUUUUCUAUAUAUUUUUUAUAUGACUAUUUACAUUGUAGUUUAUCACUGAAGGCAUUAAAACUAUGAAUGAACACAUGUGGAAUUUUUUACUUAUAAAAAAAGUGUGAAAUAACUGAAAACAUGUUUUAUAUUCUAGUUUCUUUAAAAUAGCCACCCUUUGCUCUUGAUGACAGAAGUACUUAGUGACUGACUCUGUUAGUCACAAACUAACCCUGACAAGGCACACCUGUGAAGUAAAAACCAUUUCAGGUGACUACCUCAUGAAGCUCAUUGAGAGAACAGCAAAAGUUUGCAGCGCAUGAUUCCACAUGUGUUCAUUCAUAGUUUUGAUGCCUUCACUGAGAAUCUACAAUUUAAAUAGUAAUGAGAAUAAAGAAAAUGCAAUGAAUGAGAAGGUGUGUCCAAACUUUUGGCCUGUACUGUACUUGACAUUAUGGAUCAAUCAGACGACAGCCUAAAAGUGGCUCGCUGAAAGGGGCACAUCACUGCAUAGUGUAGCCAAGGUAGACAUACUUUUUUCAAUCAGUCAGUUUUUACUUUGUGGUUGUAUACUGGGACAAAUAUAAUUGUCUAGUUGAAUCACCUAAUUAAGCAAGAACUGUGGCUUGACUUGACUGUGCCAGUAAAUGUACUGAGCCAUUCAAUGUCAGAAUCUAAUCACUGCACUCCAAUUCAUUGUAGCAUCAUUGGAUCCUCUAUGGUUAAAAUCUUUGACACUUGUGAGCAGGGGUGGUAGUAGCAUGUUUUAGCAUGUUGCAUUAACUAUGAGAUGAAGAAAUAGCAGUAAAAAAUAAAACAAACCAAAAAAGCAACGAGUAAAACACGCUCAAAUAUUACCCUGAAAUAUGAUUGACAUCAUUUUAUGGGCCUUUCCUAAGCCGAGCUGACUAUGUGCUCACCCUUCACCCAUUUGUUUGAAGGGCCCCCACGACUGCUGUCAAAAUCCUCAAAGUGUGAAGUGAGAGUGAGCUGUUAGGCCCUCCGACAGCGAGUCUGCAUGGUGCUGUCAUGUAGACCAGGUGUAACACUGCGUUUAUAAGGAGAGGCGCUCAGCUCAUUAGAGUUCCUAGUGGUAACUCGCACAGACAGAAACCACUUAUAUCAAGAUCAGAAACAAUACAGUCUCACAACUGCAAAAAUCUAAAACUUACAGAAUCUAAUCAAUCCCUUAAAAAUGCAAGGUUUUUCAGCAACUAAGUGUUUUAUCAUUAUAAAAUGUGCCCCUCAUAUUGGAGUGAAAGUGGAGGUGAACCAGUCUGAGAAAGGGUGUGCACAUGUGUUGCAAUUAUACAUUUUUUUUAUGAUGUUACAAAAAAAAAAAAAAACACUGCUUGUGAGUCCUGAAAGCUUUAUAAAAUACCUUUGAUCAACGUCUUUAUUCUCAUAUAUUUGAUCGUGUGACAAAAUAGACCUUGCAUUUCAGACAGAAUGGAAAAGGUAAAUACUGAUGCUGCAAAAGUCCUGUCAUGUCUGGGUCAAUAUCACUGUAGAGUGCCUUUAACCUUUCACACUACUCAAAUAUUUUGAUCUUAAUUUCUCAUUCCUUUUAUGUCUUUUCAUAAAUAUUAGACAUUAAAAUGUUAGAAAUGCAUGUUAGCUAAGCUCCCACACAUACUUUCACAAAAUUAUGGGCCAAUUUUCAAAGAAUAACCAAUAAGAUAUGUCCACCCUAUCAUGGACAUCAUGCCUGACUGUUAAAUGUUUUAGUGUUGCAACAUUAUGGUGAAAAUGACAUUUUCAGUAAGGUACAAUGUCCCUCUUCUAAACAGGGUUAUUUUUUUGCUUUCAAAUUAUGAAUAAAAUAACUAUUUGAUGUAAAUAAUUAGAUUUUAAAGAAACAGAUGCAGUUGGCACAUAAUGUUUGUUUAAUUUGGCGAAAAUUAUGACAUUUUGAUGCAAAUUUUCACUUGCAUAUUAUUGCCCCCACUUAGCUAUUGAUCACAACAGAGAAUAAAUACAGAUAUUUCACAUUAUUAUUGCAUUAUUAUCAAAAUAUAUCAAGAUGACGGGGUGGACUUUUACAUGACAGGGUGGACCAGCACACGACGGGGUGGACACAAAGAGCAGAGACACAUGCAGAACACCACUGCAUGACAGCAGCAGUAAAAUAUGAAUUCAUUUUUUUCUGUACCAAAACAAACCAUAAACACAGAAACACUCUCAACUUCUUUCACAUCAUAAGUACCAUCACAAACCUGGUGAGAAACUACUUCCAAGAUCUGCAAUUCUGUGUCAAAACAACAGAAUAUACAACAUCAUGGCAAUCUUUGGAAGUGGGAAUAAUGGCUGGAUGCACCAUUUCCCCACUAGCCUUCACCAUGGCAAUGGAAGUGAUAAUUCGAGCGUCCAAAUGGGUUGUGGGUCGAGAACGUCUGAAGUGUGGACAGCGUCUACCUCCCAUUCGCGCUUACAUGGAUGACAUGACCACCUGGACUUCAACCGUUGCAUGCACCAAACAUCUGCUAGGAAAGCUUCAUGCCAACAUCACAUGGGCACGGAUGAAGUUCAAGCCAAGCAAAUCCAGGAGCAUAUCCAUCGUCAAGGGGAAACUCACAGACCAGAGGUUCCACAUCAAGGACACACCCAUCCUGUUGGUGUCUGAACUGCCAGUCAAGAGCCUAGGGCGAUUGUACAACGCACAUCUCAAAGACUCAGACCAGAGUGAUCAGCUGAGGGAAGAAACCAUCAAAGGCCUCGUCAGCAUAGACAAGACCUUGCUUCCUGGCAAGUUGAAACUGUGGUGCCUGCAGUUUGGAUUGCACCCCCGCCUGAUGUGGCCUCUAACAGUUUAUGAGAUCCCCAUGACCAAAGUCGAGAAGCUGGAGAGAACAGUAAGUUCAUACAUCAAGAAGUGGCUUGGCCUCCUGUGUUGCCUCAGUAACAUCGGCUUGUAUGGACAUGGUGCCCUGGAACUGCCCAUCUCUAGCCUCACAGAGGAGUUUAAGUGCACCAAGGUGAGGCUGAACAUGACCCUGACUGAGUCGCAAGAUGAGGUGAUCAGUGCAGCUGCUCCCAGACUGGCAACUGGGAGGAAAUGGAUCCCAUCUGAGGCUGUACAGCAAGCCAAAUCUGCUCUCAGGCAUGGAGACAUUGUGGGACAGGUGCAGCAUGGAAGAGGUGGGUUUUGGACUUGGGACAUGUCAACCCACAUGGCACAAAGCAACAUCAACCCAGAGGAGAAAGCUGGUGAUUGCUCAGGUUCGGCAACAAGAGGAAGCAAACAGAUGCACGACAGCAGUGGCACAGUCCAAACAGGGACAGUGGACCAGCUGGGAAAACCUGGAGCAUUGUAAGCUCACAUGGAAGGAUCUUUGGGAAAUGGAAGGAAGCCAAAUCAGCUUCAUCAUCAGAGCCACCUAUGAUGUUCUUCCCACACCCAAAAACCGAAACCAAUGCACUUGUGCACUCUGUCAAACACCUGCAACACUCAGUCACAUCCUCACCGGCUGUAAAACCAGUUUGUCCUAAGGCCGCUACACCUGGAGACACAAACAGGCCCUAAGACAACUGGUGAUCACUCUGGAAGGAAGGAGAACAACCAACAAUGCCCUCCCUCCCCCAAUGCCUAGACGCUCAAACACCACCCCAUUCGUAAGAGCAGGACAACUGCCGGCAAAACCAUUUGCAAGAGUGGAGGCAACCCUUCUAGACUCUGCCCGGGACUGGAGGAUGCAGGUUGACCUAGACCAGAAAUUCAUCUUCCCGUCUGAGAUCCUUCCAACUAGCCUCAGGCCGGACCUGGUCUUGUGGUCAACCACCCAGAAGGUUGUGUUCAUCAUCGAACUAACUGUACCAUGGGAGGCAGCAGUUGGUGAAGCAAAUGAGCGCAAACGACUGAAGUAUGCGGACAUAGCAGCUGAGGCAGAGCAACGCGGCUGGAGUGCCCUGGUGCUUCCGGUUGAGGUCAGGUGUAGAGGCUUCGUUGCCACGUCCACAACCAAGCUUCUGAAGAGAAUAGGAGUACAAGGACAGGCCUUCCGACGAGCCGUCAAAUCACUAUCAGAGGCUGCCGAAUGAAGCAGCAGAUGGCUCUGGAUCAAGAGAAAGGACCCCACCUGGGCUGCAAAAUGACCACCUGGGGGUAAAAGCAGAGGGGGGCACACCUGGGACACCAGGUGUCGCCGUUGAGCCCCCUGGAGGUGUCGUGGACCUAUCAACGAAACACCAGUGAAGGUGGAUGCCCACCUGAAGACCCCAGUGAAGCAUUUACCCCCCCCCACUCAAUUCCAAGUGCUGAUCAAUCCAAGGGAUUGUACUAACUAGUCCUAUGAGCUCAACCAAUUAUUUGACAAAUGAAAUACAGUUGGAGACAUUUAUUUAUUUGUUUAUUUGUUUAUUCAUACUACCAUAUUUACAAUAACCUUGAGGGCCUUGGCUGUGGUGGACUCGUUGGCAUUAAGGGAGGAGUCAACAACUCUUCUUUCAUCUUGCUACAUAUAAUGUAACUGAAGAAGGUUUAAACUAAUAUAACCGUGUGUGUGUGUGUGUUUGUGUGUGUGUGUCUGUGUGGAUGGGUGUGUCUGUGUGUCUGUGUGUGUGGAUGGGUGUGUGUCUGUGUGAAUAAAAUGUCCACCCUGUCAGGUCCAAGUGCACGACAGGGUGGACAUUUUCUGACAACGACAGGGUAGACAUUUUUCCUUUCACUUAGCAUUAGCUGUGCAUUAUAUUGUAACUAGCUAGCUAGCUUAGCCUGAUUCUUGAAGAGAACUUGCUAGAGUAAAACUUGUAUAUUUUGAAAAUACUGCAUUCUAAUCACUUCUGGCCUAUUUAAUGCUGACAGAGUGGACAUACCAAGCUUGGCCAAACCAAGUUUGUGAACUUAAACACGCAAAACUUGCCAAUAGAAAGUCAGCUACUCACUUGCUGCAGCUCUAGAUUUUCCUGCCUUUUGGAGAGAUGAGAGAAACUGUUGGUGUGAUGUCACUGUAGUUGAUGUCCUUUCUUAAAGAGACGGAUCCCCCCACACGACAGGGUGGACAUUCAUUUCAAGGACAUAUGCGAACUCAUUUUUUAAAAUAAAAUAAGAAAUAUGAUUUUUAUUUUUUAUUACUUAAGACACUUAAUUUAUGUAAUAUGUUAAUGAACUAAAAAUAAUAUAUACUUUUUUUUUUUCAAAGACAUGUAUUGACUUUAUUCUACUCAUCUUGAAAGUGAGUGAGCAGUGCAGGGGACAUAGCAAAAUGGCAUGCAUCCUCCUAUACAAAACUGAAAAAAAUCUUUAAAAUGUUUUUAGAGAAGAAUAAUAAUGCUUUAUUAAGCCUGUAGAAACUUAGCCCAAUACAGCAAACCCUUUCAAAGUAAAUUUCAUAUUAAAUUAACAUGUCAACUAAGCUAUUCAUGUACAGGACACCAAAAGGCACAGUUCAGUGAUAUUGACCCGUCUAUCAGAUCCUUUAGAACGGUCACAUAUGCUGCUUGGUAGUUCCUUUUAAAAGACUAAACCUAUUUUAUGGAGUAACUAGUGUUUAUUUUUUCGUGGACAAAUAACUGGGGAUCAUGCUCUAUCCUCCUCAGUGUUGUAUUAAAUGUAGCUAUAUUUAAAUGACACGACUCUGCCCCAUACUGAACAAUUUGCAGUUUAAAUGCACCCAGUAGUUUCCUCAGAAGCCUGAAUAAUCAGGCAAAGAUAUGCAUGCUGAUUUUUUUCCACACAUAUCAGACACUGAGAAUUGGUUGGUUAAGGAGUAUAAGAUGCCAAAUGCUAUUGAGAAUUAUUCCUUUGACAUUUUUCUGCUUAAGACUUUUUAGAGAAGGGAUCAAAACACUCUUCAUUCAUUAGUGGCUGUGUGUAUGUUUGCAUUUGCAUCUCUGUGUGAACAAUCUGCAUGCUGUGUGUGUGCUCAUUUGUGAAAAUGUGUGUGUGUGUGUGCAUGUGUCAAAGCUGCCUCACGACUUGUUCUCCCACUGAGUCCCUUCAUGUGCGUUAAUGUUGUGUGGGGGGGAAACACACACACACACACACACACACACACAAAAAAAAACAAGUGGAAAAGGCACAGGCAGGACGAAGAGAUGGGGGAUGUAAAGAGAGACAGUGUGUGAAAGGAAGGAUGAGAAAAUGAGAGGUGCUUUUGAGAUGUAAAACAGCCUUUUGCUGAGCUCGAGUAACACGACAAGGCAUUCAGAGCUACCUGUCAUAUGAAUCACCAGCUGACUGUGGACAUGAGAGCGUGUGUAGUAUGUGUGUGUAUGUCUCAAACAUUUAUUUUGAGACAUGCAAGUGUGGCAUACACUCAUGUUAAAGAAACCGUUUUGCACGCAUUUCUUCUGUCUUUAUUUUCCCUUUGUAUAAUUAUUUUAUUUCAGUUGAUUGAAAAGCAGAAUUUUCAUGUAUACUCCAGCUGUUUUUCUCACACUAAGGCAGCUAAUUUACCAUGACUUUGACACUCAAGUUGUAGUUACUGAAGGGGCCAUAGAGAACAUAUCUAUCCAAGUUUUCUUUAGACUUUAUCUUUGAUCUUUCAUCAUUUUUAGUCAUUUCCCCCUGUCUUUUAUCCUCUUUUUCUGGUAAGGACACAUGUCAUUUACUUUUUAUUUAUAUAUUUUUUCUUGUUUCUCCAGGUUGAGUUUGACUGCAUCAACCCCAAGAAACAGAAGAAAAAGAAGAAUUACAAAAACUCUGGGAUCAUCAUUGUCAAGUUAUGUAAGGUAAGGAUGGGUGGAUUAAAUGGACUGAAAUCACUUACUCAAUCUAUCUAUUUAUCUAUCCGUCUGUCUGUCUGUCUGUCUAAUUACCUCCGCCAAGGAGGUUAUGUUUUCAGUAGCGUUGGUUUGUUUGUUUGUUGGUUGGUUGGUUUGUCUGUUAGCAACUUUACAGAGAAAGUUACGGACGGAUUGACCUGAAAUUUUCACCAGAGGUGCGUCUCAGCCCCCAGGAGGAUCCAGGGCAAAUCUGGGAAUUUUUGCAUUUAACUCUAUAAAAAUGGCCAGAGUCUUUAGUAAAAAAUUACACAAAAGGAUCUCAAUGAGUUUUAUGAGGUGUCAAUCCUGAGGUGUUGAUCUUGAUCCAGACAAAAUUGUGGAUACUGUGAUCCAGAACACACAAAAAUAAGGGUGUCGUUGGAAUUUUCAGUGAUUAGCAUUGUCGCCUCACAGCAAGAACGUCCUGGGUCCGAAUCCCGGUCAGGGCAUUUCGUGUUUUAGGAACGUUAUGAACAGUGAACAUACCAGUUUAAACACAAAUAAAAGUUAAUAAAAGACACGUAACAGUAAAAGUUUUGGUGUGAAUCACAAUAUAAAGGGGGACAUGAGCCGCUUGGCGGAGGUCUGCGCUCUCCGAGUGCUUUUCUAGUUAGUUAUUCAUUUACCUCCAGCAGCAAAGUUUUAAUCAUUGUCUCGUUAUUGAAAAUCCCACAAAGACUGGUGGCAAAAAACAUUACCAGCUUUGCACCUAUAGGAGCUUUAUUUGAACUAUCCAAAGCAUAUGGUCGUUAAGUGUUUGGCACUGAGUGAAUCAGGACAUAGGACAGGUUGUUUUAAGUCCUUCAAUUACUCAUUUGUGUGUUUUGGGCAUAACAUGAAUCAAAUUAAUCAGUGCAUUUGCUUCCAUUUUCUUUGGAAGUUAGAUCUGCCUGCAGAUGGUUCAUUUACUCAACAGAUUUCAUCCUUUCCUACUUCAGUAGGCUGGACUGGAAGUUGACCUCCUCUGUGUUGUACCGCUCAAAAAUGCAGGGAACACAUACAGGUCACUGCAUGAGCCACAAGACUAAAUGGAAAUAAUUCCUUCACAUUGCAGAAACUAUCAGAUAUCAAUUCAGCAGGCGUGAGAAUAUUUAAAAAUGAUGAGCAGCUGCAUCAUUUCAUUAAUUAUUUAAAAUGCAGGACAUGCUGACUGUAUAAAACAAGGAUAAAUAACAAAAGCAUCCUGUGCACUUGACAUCAAUAAAACAUUGGCUGUUCCUUACUUACACUGCUGAUGGAUCACAUGGCUGUAUAUUGUUGAGUAUUUAGAGGGAAAAUUAAGUUAGGGUCAAACACACCGUAACACUGAGUUAGGCCCCCCCUCAAGAGAUGAACGUUGCCGGCCGUUUGCUUCUCUAGUUAUACCAACUAGCGAUAUAGUCAGCGGUACAAAGUGUUGUGUCAGAGGAUUUUCAAAACAUACCCUUUAGAUGUGUGUGAGUUUCCACAUAUAAUUUUGUGUCAGUUUCUGCAUAUAUUCAAGGGAACGCACAAUGAUGCUUGGUGACGCCUCAGGCUAGUGUGCUGCCAUGCAGUGCUGAGGUAUCAGGACAAUGGUGAUGGACUUUCUCUGAACAGUAACAUGCCUCCUUUGGGCUUGACCACACAUUAUUUAAAAAGCAAAACACCCACAGGCUCUAAAGUGGGGCCUAGUUCACCAGCUUUUUGCUCAAUAUGGGCACAAGGUAUAAAACUGACAAGUGGGUUGAGUGGGAAAUAACAAUGACACUUGAGCUACAUGCCAAAACACUUUAAAUCAGGUGUAUGAUAGGGCCAUGGGAGUCUGUUUAAGUUGGUUGGAGUUGAAUUGUGAUAAAUUCAGGAAGAAAAAAAAACAUGCGUUUAGAGAAAUCUUUACCCCUCUCUUUUUCUAAUCACCUUUUUCGGCUCAGUGAAACAUUGAAUGAAGAGAAUCAGCUUUUGAUCAGCUGAUACUCUUCAAACUGUGUCUUCAUAACUCCCUGUGAAUAACUAAUUAGUGCUGAAGAUUUGAGCCACACAUCAAGCUGAAACACUAGGUGCCUAAUGGAAUGGCGUGAAAGCUGUGUGCAUAUAAUAACAAGCUUUCAUAAUUGAUUCCUUGGCUUCAUCCUUUUUUUAACACACGCAAUCACUAACAACCCUGUACAGACAUGUGAACACACAUGACACCCAGAAUAUGCACAGAAGUAUUAUUAUAUGUGCCAGUUGCCAGAGGCGGUACUUGAAUGACAGUAAAAUUCAUGCUCAAUAAUCAGAAUGGAAACUGUGCUCCUUUGGUGGCACCUGGAAUCAGUACCAACACACUUUGGGGUUAAAUUUCUGAAAAAAAGUGUACUCACCUAAAACUACAUAGUCUGUAGUUUUAGGUGAGAUAAAAGAAGAGACUAGAAAAGCACUCGGAGAGCGCAGACCUCCGCCAAGCAGCUCAUGUCCCCCCUUAUAUUGUGAUUCACACCAAAACUUUUACUGUUAUGUGUCUUUUAUUAACUUUUAUUUGUGUUUAAACUGGUAUGUUCACUGUUCAUAAUGUUCCUAAAACAAGAAAUGCCCUGACCCGGAUUGGAACCCAGGAGCUUCUUGCUGUGAGGCGACUGUGCUAACCAGUACACCACUGUGCCGCCUAUCUACACGAUUGUGCCGCCCAUUGGUUAUCUUUCAGCAUUGAAAAUUCCAACGACACCCUUAUUUUUGUGUGUUCUGGAUCACAGUAUCCAGAAUUUUGUCUGGAUCAGGAUCAACCUUUGACACCUCAUAAAACUCAUUGAGAUUCUUUUGUGUAAUUUUUUACUAAAGACUCUGGUCAUUUUUACAGAGUUAAAUGCAAAAAUUCCAAAAUUUGCCCUAUCUCACAAUGAUAAAGAAUCCUUCAAAAUAUUCCUGGAUCUAGAAGGCGAUCCGGAUCACCACCAAAAUGUAAUGGGAACCUCCUGGGGCUGAGACGCACUUCUGGUGAAAAUUUCAGGUCAAUCCGUCUGUAACUUUCUCCGUAAAGUUGUUCACAGACAAACAAACAAACAAACCAACAAACAAACCAACGCUACCGAAAACAUAAGCUCCUUGGCGGAGGUAAUAAAUAGUCAGACAAAGUUAAUCAGAUUUAGACUGUCUUUUUUUCUUCUUGAUCCUGGAGUCAAGACACAAAUGACUUGAUUGGUUGAUCUAAGGCCAUACCAGUUGUUCAGUUUGACUUAGGGUUGGGGUUGGGGUUAUGGCUUUCCUGUUUCCAGUGGAUCAGUACUCCCCCUGUCACUUGCUGUCUUUUAUUUCAUGCACUGUGCCCUGUCAAUUAUGUGUCUUUAGAUAACGAGAGACUACACCUUUCUGGAUUACAUACUGGGUGGUUGCCAGCUCAUGUUUACAGUAAGAAUCAUAUUAGCAUGUCUCUUUAUUAAAUUAUUAUCGUCAUUGUUAUUAUUCCUCUGCAAUGUUGUUGAAAAUUAGUUUUCUGUUUCUGCAUGCUUUGCUCUUGAAAAACAGUCUGAAAACAUUCAGAUCUGCUUUUCCAUCUCCUAAGGUUACAAUUUCAAAAUCAUUACCAUACAGAUGUGUGAACAGAGAGGGGCUGAAAAAUAAGUGUAGUAGACAGGAAGAAUCACACACCAGAAACACAAUAAUGUAGUUACUUUACUUGGCUUUGGGAAACAGGGAUGUACAAAGGAGAGCAGGAUAACAAAGGUGAAAAUAACAAACUGGCAGAGGUGGGGGAAAGUCCUUAUGUUGCAAGUCCAAGUCGAGUCUCAAGUCUUGGCUCUCAAGUUCGAGGCAAGUCCAAGUCUUUUGCUCUCAAGUCUCGAGUCAAGUCCAAGUCCUUACCAUUUCUUUCAAGUCAAAAACAAGUCAUAUCAAAGCCAUAAACCAUUUGUUAUAUGUAAAGAUUUACAUAAAUCAUGAGCAUUUUUCACUAUUUGCAUUUAUUAUUAAACAAGGGUUCUUGUUCGUGUUAAGUUACAUAGUGCAGCUUUAACCAAACUAUUUUACAUGUCAUACAAAAAAUAAUCAGAUAAACUUCAAUAAUUGGAAACUCAAUGUGCACAAAAAUAAGGAAGACUCAAAUACAGUUAAACAUUAAACUGAUACUCUAAUUCACUGUUCCAAAACAAAAGAGAGACACAAGGCAACACGUGGAAACAGGCGGGCAAUACUAGCGAGCGAUUUAUGUUCAGUCCUCCCGGUGUUGUCGUUAUGAGGGAGGCUAGAGUUUGAGACAGUGUUGCCAAGUUUCGUGAGAGAAAUAAGAAAUCAGACCUCCAGAAACAGGCCAAAAACAAGCAAUUUUUUUAUGCGGGAAAUAAGCAGACUUGGCAACACAACACGGUGUUACCAACGGCCGUAAUUCCUGACUAUUAGUAGAUGCGACACUUUUUUAAUGGUUUGGGCUUGCUGUAAGGUAUUAAGUGACUUGAAAAGACUUGAGUUGACUUUUCAAGUCACUGGGCUCCAGUCAAGUCAAGUCAAGUCAAGUCAAGUCUCAAGUCUUUAGCAAUCAAGUCCCAAGCAAUCAAUCAUCAAGCAAGUCAAACACGGGACUCAAGUCCAAGUCGAGUCUCAAGUCGAGUCGUCAAGCCCCCACCUCUGCAAACUGGUGUUUUGUAAAAUCAAAAAUAGAAAGAUUGAGGUUUGGUGUAAGUGAGCCUCUCACUCACUCAGCAAAUCAUCAUCAUCUAUUCUUGUCUUUUAUUAGGAGAAUCUAGUGUGCUCUUGGCAUUGUCACAACUAUUUGUGUUUUAUAACACACACACUCACAAAAAAACACACACAGACACACCCUGAGGUUUUUUUUAUUAUCAUCCUGGGUCUUUCAGCCCAACAAAUGCAACUGUUCAGCGGAUAAAUCUGUGGUACAUCGUUGCGGUCCACUGCUAUCGAAACAGAGUUACAGGCACAUGCACACACAAACAGUCACACACUAACACAAAGAAGUUAAGAUCUGCAUGCUCAGAAAGACACAGUAAAAGUACACACACAGUCAACAUAUACACAUGCAAUUUAUUUUCUCUUUUCUAGGUCUGCAACAAUUUUUCAGUCUUGUGAGCUCGAACCAGAGCUCCAGAUGGGUACAGAUAAUGUACUUUGGUGUAUGUUUGAAGUUUUUUGAUAAGACACACCUGUACCACACUGUUAUUUUCUAACAUCACCAAGGGUCAUUGCAUUUGUUCUUCACAACUGAAUCAGACUGUUUUUUUCUUUUCUUGAGGAUAAAGACGUUUAGCCACACUGAUUAAAUACUUGAUUUGGGGAUUUUUGGAGUAUUUUGUAACUUGAGCUCAACAUAUAAAUACAGGUUUACUAAUGCUGUUUCCUCUUCUCUUUUUUAAAGAACAUUACAGAUUGCUGCUGCAGGUUUUUGCGCAACAAUUUUUACACGUUGUUUCGAAAUCAGGAAUCAGGUCCUGUUCAGAGCAAACUUGUUAUCCUUAAAGGGAUAUUCCGGUGUAAAUUUAAGUUAUUGUCUAACACACAGUGGCCCUCAUUUAUCAAGCUUGAACAGAAAGACAGACAGAAAACUUGCGUACACCUUGCGUACGACAAUUUUGACGUGAGGAUCGGCAUUUAUCAAUCUGCACGUGAGCGUACGCUACGACCAAAUCUCACGACAGGUCUGAUAUCGUGUACGCAAGUUUGAGUCAGUGUGGAUCUGCGGUGCAGCAAAUGUCUGUCUCAAAAUAAUUGAUAAACAAACCUCAAACCUGUCACUAAGCACAAUCAGCCAGAUUUCAUUAAAGAUUAAGACGUAAAUAAGAUAAAAUAAAGUUGUUAUGUCCUUAGUGAAUCGGCCUAUUUGAUAACUGCCCAGAAACACUGCCACAGAGCAGGAGCGCCGUUUCAACAUUACGCACACAUGCACACGUGCCACUAUUCCACGGCAGCGCUGUUCACCGCCACCAUAAUCCUGCUCCAGACAGGGGUUUACUGGACUGCUUUUAUACCAGUUUUGAUGCUUCCGAAGAGAAAAUCCUUGUUAGUUUCCACCACAGACGCAAGGAUAUCCACUUUCAGCUAAGAAAAGUUUAGCAUCUUUGAAAUAUUUCUCCUCUUUCAUGUUUAACCUCAGUGGGCGAGGCUUCUGAACCACGAAUAUUUAAGGGCGUAAACAUGUUAAUGACGAUCGAGUUCAGCCGCCGCAUUUAUCAAGACCCGAUCAUACGUACGCUUGGAUUGGUCAGAUACAAACCCUUUCAUAAAUCUCACGUGUCCUAUCGUAGGAUGAAUCCUGCGCUAAGAUCUGCGCAAGAUUGAUAAAUGAGGGCCACUAACACUGAGUGAGACACCCCCUUGAGAGAUUAAUGUUGCUGACUGCUUGCUUCUCUAGUUAUACCAACUUGAGUAACGACCGUACGAUAGCAAUACACAGCGGUCUAUGACUCCAAACCUCAACCCAAAAGCCACUCUAUAGCCACAAAUAAUGCUCAGAACAGCACCUAACUUCAUCAACAGUACAUACAGGGUCCCAGCAGUAGUACUAGCCAUCAAACAUCUUUUUAGCUUUGCCUGAUUUCUUUAGCAAAGAGACCAAACACAACUCACCCACUCUCCUCCAGCAGCUGCUUGUUUGUGGGGGAGCCCUGACGAGUUGAUCACUGAGUGCAGGGGAGCAUUUCCAUGAAGUAAUAAUCAUCAUGUUGCACAGCAGACGCGAUAGUUCUUCUGCCGUAGCGUCUGGGUUUGAUUGCAUUUCCAUGAAGUAAUAAUCGUAAAUGUUCUUCCUUGAGCUGCAGGACUCCGCUGCACUCAGUGAUCGACUCGUCUGGGCUCCCCCACAAACAAGCGGCUGCAGGAGGAGAGUCGGUCCAGCAUGGAGACAUAUUCCACAGUGUUUUGCUAUUUUUCCUUUUCUGCUAUUACUAAAGUUGGUAUAACUAGAGAAGCAAGCGGUCGGCAACAUUCAUCUCUCGAGGGGGUGUCUAACUUGGUGUUACAGUGUGUUUGACCAUAACCUAAAUUUAUGCCGGAAUAUCCCUGUAAAUAGAUACGAAUUAUGCAGUUAUUUUCACAUGGUAAAAAUAUGCAUAAAAAGUCUGGAUAGUCCCAAACUUUUAAAUCAACUUCAAUAACCUCUGCAGCUAUGAGAGUACAGAAUAACUACUCGCCUCAGUAUGUGAAACAUGCAGGGAAAAAUAAGGUGGUCCUGCUGGUGACUUUUCACUCAGAACAAGAAGCCAAGUUUUCAGAUUAUAUUUUCGGAUUCAAAUACUUAUUUUCUUUAGGGAAAUACAAUGUUGUAUUUUCUUCUGGAGCACAGACAGACUAUUUCAGCCUUUCAGAUGGAGCUGUUGUACUGGAGAAGAGUGAAGUAGCUCCUCUCGGAGGUUUCACUGUAGCGAUGUGUUAGUUGCAUCUGCACCCCCCUUGUUCCUGUUGAAGGUUACGCUGUGACUGUGUGAAGUACUUUUCUGGCUCGAGGUCUCGGUCAAGUUAAAAAUAGUUGUGCAAAGGUGACUUCACUGGUGUUGUUGUCAGUGUGAGAGGAUGUGUUCUUUGUGUCUCCUGGGGACAGGUAGCUGCUGGAUCUUGAGUUUGAAUUCAGGGUAUUGUAGACCAGCACACGCACAAACAGAGAACGACAAGCUUCACUUACAACCUGUUAUUCUCACAUUUUCUUAUGAUAGCUUUUAGAGCAGGGAGCAUAGCGGUGUUGCCAUAGUGAUGGGUUUGCUGUUGAUGAGAAUGUUUGCACCAUGAUUGAAAAGUGGGGGAGAAAUAAACCUUCAAGUGCCUGGAAGAAAUCAUCUCGUAAAAAUAAUCAUUUGUAUGUUUCCUUGUGUGAGAAUGUAUUAAAGAAUUUUUGGCAGGGAUCAUUAUUAUUAUUUACAUAUUCUCAGUUGAGUGCAGGUUAACUGAGAAGUUGAAAAGGCAGUUAAAGUUCAAUUGCAUCCUUACUCAAAGAUUUGACUUUUGAAACACUGACAGGAAUUUUUUUUGUAUUUGUAUUAUAUGUAGAUAAUCAAACAGAAAAACAAUAAAUGGGUCAGGUGUGGUUUGAGUCAACGGAAAAUGAUCACCUCAGGCUACAGCUCUUCAUGGGUUUGCAGAGCCAUUGUGGUUCUCUUUUACCACUCUUUCAGUGUUGUUCUCAGUCAAAGCAAGCAUCUGUCUCUCUCUCUCUUUGUUUUUUUUUGGUGCUGUAAAAUCCCAUUAGACUUGCCCAGCCACAAACAGACAGUCAGGGGAAUAACUAGUGAAGACAGUGUGACAUUUUGCAGGAACUAAAGAGCUACAUAUUAAACCAGGAGUUGGUAAAGAUAAAAACAAGAAAUAAAUGAGAUUAAGAAAUUGAAUUACAUCAAAUAAAAUAUUCUAAAAACAGGUCUGGUAAAUGAAGUUUCGUCUCCUUACAAUUUAAAAAUGCACACCUGGAAUCAGAUAGUAUUAACUCCAUGUAAAGUUUCCUUUAUCAACUUAUUAGGAUGAUUUUUGUACCGCAGCAGCUUUCAUUUGAGCUUCUUAAGAAGCAAAUAUAAGAAACUGCUUUUGUCCAGUUUUGUUGAGUUUGGUGUUUUCAUUUGAGCUUGGAUAAAAACUUGAAAGUAACCAAAGAUUGGUGGAGCCUGGCAAACGGACAAAGCACAGAUUAUGGGUCAAAGACAGGGGGUGUGGAGUUUAGCGGAAUUUAAUAGAGUGAGGCAUUUAUUUAGGUUUGAUUACAGCUCCUUAUCAUCAUAAAAAUAUGAUAAAUGAGACUAAACAAGUAUUUUGCCACCCGCUGUGCUCCCCCCCCUACUUCUUGUAUGUUGAACGAAGUGCACCUUCCCUCUCUACAACAGCUGAGCGGCCAUCAUAAGCAGCUCAGAUCACUGUGAAACAAAGUUUUGGAGCACAAGGAUGUUGUAGCUCUGUCAAAGAUCAAUAGUGGACCACUGUGCCUUCAGGACGUUGGAUAGAGGAUCCAGGGAAAGGAACAAAAGGAGGCAGGUGUGUGUAUCUGUGUGGGUCAGAAAGGUCAAGGGACAAAAUGACCAUGAUAAAAAAGAGGCUGAAGGGAUCAUAAGCAUGCAAGUGUGUUAACAUGCUAAAAAGUGAGACAUCAUUCCCUAUUGUAAUAAAUUACAAGCGAAAGAAUUCAAGCAUUCAAAUUCUUCCAUUUUUUUAUGACAGUAUAAAAAUGGCUUUAUACAAGUUAAAUCUUGCAUUUUAUUCAAUAAGUAUGAUCACCAAAAUUUAGAUAUUGCCCUUAAAGUAAUAAUUGAUUUCUUGGUCCCCUUCGGUAGUAGUGCAUAUGAUUUUUAAAAGACAAGGACAUAUUCUAAUCAAACAGAAAGAAAUAAUGUUUCAUUAUUUCAAGUUUUAAGGUUUAAAGUGGUUGAAAGUUGCAUUUCCAUAGCCCUCUGUCCAUUUCCUCUGAGCUAAAAAGUCUACUCCAUUUGAAGUCACACUCACAGCCCAGUGAAGCUCCUCCAUCAGGGUGGAGGGAUCAGAUUUAGCUGUACGCUUGGGUACGAACUCCUCUCACCUCAGUGGAAGCAGGAACUGUAGCCAUGGUUAUACAUCACACAAUGUAGCAGUAGCUCAGGAGGUAGAGCGGUCAUCCAAUAACCGAAAGGUUGGCGGUUCGAUUCCCCCCUAUCCCAAGUCUGUCCGUUGUGUCCUUGGGCAAGACACUUUGCUCCCAGUGUGUGUCCUCCACUGGUGUAUGAUUGUGAGUGUUGUGUGGUGGUGGUCGGAGAGGCUAUAGGCGCAAAAUGGCAGCCACGUUUCCGUCAGUCUGCCCCAGGGCAGCUGUGACUACUAAGGUAGUUUAUCACCACCAAAGUGUGACUGUGUGAGCGAAUGAAUGAUGUAUCCAAUGUAAAGCGCUUUGAGGGUCUCUGAUAAAGCGCUAUAUGAAAUCUGAUGCAUUAUUACAGUUGUAAAUAGAAAACGCUUAAUAGUAAAGACAGACUGCAGUUUUCAUUAGAUGGUCUAAUAGCCCACUCUCACUCCAUAUGCAGUGGUCCAUAUGGUACUCGAUGUGAAGAACCCUGCACAUGACCAUGACAUGGAGCGAAAGUGUGUGGGGAGGAGGUGUGGUGGACAGUUUUGCAAAGGCCAUAUGAGGACCUACUGUGCAAAACCCCAACAUUUUUUAUUAAGAUAUUUUUUCAAAUGGAGAGCUAUCCAUGCCAAAGCUGCCACUUUUCAGCAUGGUGUAAGUUAGUUGGAACUCUUAGUCGGCUAGUUAGCAGCACUGUUGGCUGUCUAUGCCAGCUGUUAGGCUCUGAGUUUGUGUCAGUUGCAGUGUAAAGUUAGCCCACAAUCUUUUUUGCUUCUGUUUUUACAAUUUUUCCUUUUUACGUAAUUUUUUGGGGUAUUUUUGUUUAAUACAUAGAAUGGGGGACGAGAGACAGAAAAUGUGGGAAGUCCAUCAGUGUUCAACUACUUCAAUCUGGGGUUGGGUCGCGGGGGCAGCAGCCUGAGCAAAGAAGCCCAGACUCCCCUCUUCCCAGCCACUUCGUCCAGCUCUUCACGGGGACCCAGAGGCGUUUCCAGGCCAGCUGAGAGACGUGUGUGUCCUGGGUCUUUCCCGCGGUCUCCUUCCAGUGGGACAUGCCCUGAACACCUCAUCAGCAAGGUGUCCGGGAGGCAUCAUGAUUAGGUGCCCAAACCAGCUCACCUGACUGCUCUCAAUACAGAGGAGUAGGAGCUCUUCUCCUAGCCCCUCCCAAAUGACGUAACUUCUCACCCUGUCCCUAAGGGAGAGCCCAGCCACCCUGCGGAGGAAACUCAUUUCGGACGCUUUCGGUCACUACUCACAGCUCAUGACCAUAGGUGAGGGUAGGAACAUAGAUAGACUGGCAUAUCGAGAGCUUUGGCUUUCGGCUCAGCUCCCUCUCCACUUGGGGCAGGAUCUCAUCUCAGACCCAGAGAGGGCACUCCACCUUUUUCUGGCUUUAGAACCAUGGACUUAGAUUUGGAGAUGCUGAUUCUCAUCCCAGCCGCUUCACACUGGUCUGCGAACCAGGGCCCGACCAAUAUGUUUUUUUGGGGCUGAUGCCGAUUAUUAGGGGGGUAGUUAGUGGAUGAAGUCACGAAGUUGCUGCGCCAUCUACAGGAUAAGUCAUGGAACUUUUCAAAUGGCGGAAAAUUUUCGAAGUGAAACCAAAUCUUAUUCUCUGCAUUUUAUUUCUGAAAAUAUUGGCAAAAUUUUGACCGAUUACCGAUUUGUCUCAAACUGACUAAAAUUGGUGAAUUUAAUUGGCUCGCUGAUAAAUUGGUCGGGCCCUACUGUGAACUGAUCCAGUGAGAGCUGAAGGUCAUGGUCCAAUGAAGCCAACAGGACCACACCAUCUGCAAAAAGCAGUGACCCAAUCCUGAGGCCACCAAACCCAACCCUCUCAACGCCCUGGCUGCACCUAGAAAUUCUGCCCUUAAAAGUUAUGAACAGAAUCAGUGACAAAGCCUUGGCAGAGUCCAAUCCUCACCAGAAAUGAGUCCGACUUACUACCGGCUAUGCAGACCAAGCUCUGGCACCGGUUGUACAGGGAAUAAACAGCCCUUGUCAGGGUGUCGGGUACCCCAUACUUCUGGAACCCCCCCUACAGGACUCCACAAGGGACACGGUCAAAUGCUUUCUCCAAGCCUACAAAACACAUGUGAACUGGUUGGGCAAACUCCCAUGCACCCUUGAGGAUUCUGGUCCACAGUUCCAUGACCAGGGCGAACCGCAUUGCUCCUUCUGGAUCUGAGGUUCGACUAAUUGGUGGACCCUCCACUCCAGGACCCCUGAAUAGACCUUUCCAGGGAGGCUGAGGAGUGUAAUCCCCAAAUAGUUGGAACACACCCUCCGAUCCCCCUCCUUAAAAAGGGGGACCACCACCCUGGUUUGCCAAUCCUGAGGCACUGCCCCGAUGUCCAUGCAAUGAUGCAGAGUCUUAUCAGCCACGAAUGCCCCACAACAUCCAGGGUCUUGAGGAACUCAGGGCAGAUCUCAUCCACCCUAGGGCUUUGCCACCGAGGAGCUGAUUAACCACUGCGGCAACCUCAGCCCCAGAGAUAGAAGAGCCCACAUCCGAGUCCCCCAGCCCUGCUUCCUUGCUGGAAGGCGUGUUGGUGGGAUUGAGGAGUUCUUCAAAUCAUUCUUUCCACCGAUCAACAACGUCCCAAGUCGAGGUCAGCAGCGCACCAUCCCCACCGAACACAGUGUUGACAGUGCAGUAAAGGGUCAUGACAAGGAGUCAUAGCAGUGACCUCUGCGAUGAAGAAUAUGGCCUUCGAUGUGACACCAUAAACUAAGCAGAGUUUGCUGGUUUUGUGGUGUCUUAAUUAGCAUUUUUCAUUAUUUUUACUACCUUUGCUUUGAAUACUGUUGUUUUGUCUUGUUUAUGUCAUUAGCAUUGUUGUAUAUGUUUUAGACUUAAGGAUUUUAAAAACAGCAUGAUUUCUAAACUUACAGCACAUUUCACUACUGCCAAUGGGUUAGCCUUAUUCUUAACUGUUGGUGAAGGAGAACCUCUAACCUCUUUCAGUGGCCAAGUUUACUCAGAGCCUUGUUUGUUUGUAAUGAGCUUAAUUUUAGAGCAACGUGAAGAUUUGCCUGUUUCAGUGGCAGCAAGAUGAGCAAGUUCAGGGCGUAAUGGAAACUCUUAAAUCCUCACUGCUCCCUUCCUAAUCUUUUGCCUUUUGUCACAGACCUGCAGCUCUGUCACUGAUGCACACACACUCACACCCACACACAUUCACACCUAAUACUGUCUUAACACAGAUACAUUCUCUCUCCUGCUUACAAACUCAUUUACAUGCACACAUGUGAGCACAAACAUACAACAUCCUCUCCCUUCAUCCCCCUCCUCCACUAUGACCAAUUCACAUGCAAACUCAGGAAACCAUGACUCUCACACACUCACAUAUGUCCAAAGAUUUCUUAUUUCAUCAUGCAAACCUCAUCAUUUAGAACAAAACUCAUACUGAAGGUGUGCACAGUCUCUACAAACAUGCACCCUCACUUCAUACACACACACACACACACACACACACACACACACACACACACACACACACACACACACACACACACACACACACACACACACACAUGGACUGAUCCAAAUAUACACGAGCACACAUAAUCUCACACAAUGAUGGAUAACUGGUGACAUCUUCUCAUAAACACACUGCACACUUAGAUACACCGAUUUGACAUACAAAAUACAUACAUGCAUGCUUUUUUUUCACAUCGUGUACAAAAACACACCCACACUAAAACACACAUGCAGAGAGAAAGAGAGAGCAGGAGAGCUGUUCUGCGGUGUUCAAUCAGACUUAGUAUGACUCUAAUCCUAAUCUCCAAGAAGGGAAAGUCUCUCCUCCAGGCUGGGGAAGCUGAAGGCAAGAAGAGUGUGUCUCUCUUACACGCUGUGACACAAGGAUGGGCUGUUUGUAAAACACCCAGUUUCAUAUGAAUUGCUCUAUUAUUCAGAACUGAUCACUCAGAGCUAUGUAGGAUGUGCGUCUAGUAUCCCCAUGGAUUUAAAGAGAAAAACAAACUUAAAAAAAAAAAAAACAUGGAGAUGAAGGUAGAGAAACCACCACUGAAGACGCACAGUUGUUAGUUUCAGUUAUCUCAAUGCUAUUUUACAAUUUAGCUCUGAAAUCCAAACCCUGGACAGAAUCUAGUGUUAGAUUUACAGUUAAGAUGCACUUAUGUCACAGCUUUAUGAUUCUGCAUCAUCCAUCUGAAUAAAUAUGUUCUCAGAAAUGUGAGUAUUUUAGUCUUAUUCAUACAGCUAAAAAAAUCAUCCCUCUGAUUCCACAGAUGGUGGCGCCUCCAUGGCAACAUUUUAUUUUUAUUAGCCCCUUGAGGUUGCGAUAAACAUCAAACCACACAUAUUCAUUCAUUGUAGAUUCAUAACAUUCACCUGCUUUUCUGCUGUAAAUCAACUUGACCUUAAUGUUUCCUUUGACAGUAAACUCAAGGCAUUUGUGUUUUUCCUUUGGCAUUUUGAACUGAUGCAUAAAAUGACCACUGCACCUGUUUAAAUUCUUGCCUCAGCUCUGUAGCUUUGAAAGUCUGAUGACAUUUCCAUUUUGCUUAGCCAGCCCUCUAACUCAGCCAAAGCCCAAACUGUGCUCUGUUUACUGUUUGCUUCUGGUCUGUCUUCUUUGUGAUUAUUGUCUCUUUCACCCAGCUCUGUGUGUCUCAGAAAUCUCAUCCCUCACUGUAUCUGUUUCCUCCUCAGACAUUUAUGUAGAGGUGAGAACACAAGUUUCAAGAACAUAACUGCCAUGAAAACAUAAAAAAAUAACUCUGUUUUUCUCUUUUUCCACAUUGUUUACUUUACCCAUACUCUUUCUCUAAAUCUUAUCCCUGAGUCAAUGUACUACAGCUUUUUUAUCUCUCUUUCUUUGUCUUGAGGCAGUUUUUGGUUAAAAAUAUGAGUAUAGAUCUAGGUUCUUUUUUUGCUUUUCAAUACUGCUGAAUGUUGUGUUAAUAAAUAAUGUGCCAUUUUAAAGCAGGAGAUACCAAAACAGUUUCAAAGUAUUGAACAUUUUGACAGAUUUAAUUGCAAAUAUUCAAAUUAGACUUAAUUGAAUCAUGUAAUAAGUAUUUAUUUUACAGAUUGGCUUUCUUAUUAAUGUUGUGGUGUCUAAAAUAAAGUCACAGCCAUUAAGUUGGUGCUUGAGGUCAUCAGAAAUGGGAGUUUUUCAUAACUGACAACUGAUAACACAAUCCAACUGUAAUUAUUAUUAUUAUUACAAAUGUUACUCAGUGAUGCAGCUUCAUAGCUACCAUGAGCUAUUCACCAACCUGUGCUAGGAAAUGUUAGACUGUAUUAUUUUGUAUAUAUAUGCUGUUUGGUUGAAUUUUUUCACGAGAUAAACUAUAUAUGGUACAGUUAUUGUGGAAAAAAGUUUUUAAAGAGUGGCAGCUGACAGUAGGUCUUGGCACUGGAACGUCUAACACUGCGGACGCUGCUUUUGAACUGCUGCUCCAUCAAACUUUCUGCCUGUUUUACUGCGACGGCUGCUAGUAGAUCUUGGUGUGAAUUUGGAAGCACAGUGGACUCCUUGUUUUUUAUUACAGCCCCAGAAAAACUCAGUCAAAUCACUGCACAGACACAUGUAGUAUUAAGUUGCUGCACUUUCUUACUACUUGUUGAAAAGACAUCUUUAGCCAAAAUCAUGUUACCUGUGUCAUUUUCAAGGUCUUUUCUUCUGCAGAGCACCAGUAGCUCAUUAGCAUUUUGCCUUUGAGUCGUGGACGGAGACAGCGCUGCUCUGCACACUCUUUUUCAUGCUAUCUUGCAGCCUAACUGGUGUAGUAGAAGUGGCAGGUAACGUAGGAUCUAUUCAGCUCUUGGACACUGAUGUCUCUGGGGACAUGAUGAAAGCUAAUAUCAUAGUUAGCUUUCUUAUGAGUAUUGCAACUUGCUACUGCACAUGCUUGUUCUGCAAUUGUCAUCUCUACUUUUGUGACUCUGGCCUGCAGAGCAGGGCUGCGGGGAUGGAGCUUAGAUUUGCUAUGUAGGAAAUCUCACUGUAUCUGAACCAUAGACUGUAUCUCAAAUGGACGGCGUCUGCCCCCUCGUUGGGUGAAGCCACCUCAAGAAUAGCACACUCUGGUGACGGGCUGCAGCAUAGGUCAUAAAUCCUCCUCCAGCUGUCCUCAUUGAGCUGUGGACAAACUUUAGAAAUUAAUUACACAGAAUAUAAACAGAAAAGAGAGAAAGGACCUUGUCAUCUCUGAAGUGACAAAGAUGGCUGAGGAAGAGUACAGGGUCAAGGCAGUGGCACAAAGGCAGCAGGGAUGUUGAACGACAUGGGAGGGGGUUGUGGGUCGAGUGGUAAGCUGGGCAGACUUCUGGAAACUACCACAGGCUCGACUCAGCUUCCUCCUCGGGGCAACGUAUGACACGCUGCCCUCCCCCCAAAACCUCCAACAGUGGCUGGGCACGGAGCAGGCCUGCGACCUCUGUUGGACCAUCAGUGCUUCCCUGCAACACAUCCUAUCAGGAUGCAAGACCGCACUAUCUCAGGGCAGGUACAGAUGGCAGAAGUGGUGGAGAAGAGAAGGCAAAAGGCAAAUAAUGGGAGCCAGCCGGGGAUACAGCAGUGGAUCCAGUUCCUGAGGGAGGGGGAAGUGGGUGAAACCUUCAGUGCAAGACCAACACCUACCCUUCUGUUGCCAGUUGUGGAGUGGAGAAUGGAGGUGGACUUGAGCAGGCAGCUCCAUUUCCCAGGAGAGAUCUCCCAGGAGAGUACCACAUUACAGCCAGACAUGGUGCUGCGGACCAAGGCGGAGAGGUCUGCUGGUGGAGCUGGCUGUGCCAUGGGAGGAGGGGAUGGAUGGAGCCUAUGAGAGGAGGAGGGUAAAAUACACCGACCUAGUGGCAGAGUGCAGGGAAAAUGGUUGGCGCACACGGCUCUUCCCAGUGCAGGUGGGCACCAGGAGUUUUGUGGGAGGCUCAACAACUUGCCUACUGAAAGAACUAGGGCUGAGGGGCAAGGAGCUACACAAAGCUACCAAGGAGCUGGCUGAGGAGGCAGAGAAGGCAUGGGCAAUCCCUGAGAAAAGCUAGCUGCAGGGGAUGACUGGGAGACGUCCCUGUUCACUUCUUCGCCACCAGGAGAUGUUCCGGGUUAAGGGGCAAAACAUCUAGGAGCGGUGGUCCCCCCGGCUGACCCUGCAGCUAGCAGAAUAGGCACCGGUGGAGGUGCGGCAGGCCAAGAGCCUAGUGCAGGUUAGAACAUCUACCUGUUCAAACCAUUUACAUUUCUCUCCCCCCUGCUUGUGAUGUUGACAUGUAGUUACUGUAAGACUGGUUUGUGCUCAAGUCCUCUUUUUUUCUGUACAGCUCCAAGUUAUUAGGAGGUUCAUUUUUUCUAUGAUUUAAAUCUGAUACAGCCUAUGGGCGUACAGAGGUAGCGUAGCUCACCUGGAGGAUAUGCUGUUUGAGCCGAGCAUCAUCACAGCAACUCUCCCGCCGAAUGCGUACAAUGCUACUGUGCAAGUGGUGAAUUGUGUACAACGCUACUGUGCAAUGCUGGUUUCAAGAAGUGGAGAAAAAAUCUGGAAAUACCAAGAGCUUUUCGGCCUCAAAUCUGUAUACUGGUGGAAAGCAAAACCAAGUUGUCCAUAGCAUAUACAGUCUAUGAUCUGAACCUGCCAUUUGGGUCUGCCAGAGACUCAGAGAUUUGAAUGCAGAAACACUCAGAAAUGCAGUUUUGCACUUAGUUUCCUCAUAUGUCCACUAGCAUAUGAACAUGAAAACAACAAGAAAAACAUGAUUUUCAUUGGAGUGGGUCUUAAAGUCUACUAAUGUGUUUGCAGUGUCUAAUAGCUUUCAGUGAGAAAUAAGCUGGAAACAGAAUAGUGGCAUUUCUUACUGUCAGGAGUUUACAGUAUUCAAAUUAAAAUGUCUGUCACUGAAGAGAGCACCGAAGGAGAGAACUGUAAUAACUGUAAUAGUUUUUUAGAUGAUCUUGUCCAAGCGACUGUCAGUUCAGGCUACAUAUUUUCAGGUUCAUUGAAAGACGAAAUAAAUUGAGGUCAGGCUAAAAACUGACAACAUGCAGCAGGCAGGGAACAGAAAACUAGAGUAAUAUUUUGUACCAUCGUAGUCAUCUCAUCCAUGCAUACAAACAACAUACAUUCAUCUCUUGUAUAUGCAGGGAUGCACACAGGUUCUUGCUAUGGGUGACUGUCAGGUCAAAUGCUAGGUUGCACCAUGGGGGCAUAUAAAUCCCUAGGACACAUUUACUUUGUGAAGUGUGCUGUGAAGAUGUUGAAGACAUGUUUUAUCUUGUGCAUUUGCCAGAGAGAAAGGGAUUGAUUUUUUGGAGUGGGGCUGUAUGAGGUACUGAGGUCAAUAGUAGUUUGCGGUUCCUUAAAUCUAACUGAUUUGGGGAGUUGACCUGGUCUGCUGUGGUUGUUGGGUUUUCUUUUGUUCUGGUUCUUUUCCUGGUUUCUGUGUUCCAUACAUUCAGACAUGUUUCACUUUCAGCCAUGACAUAAUUGUUGCAGCUUUUGCCAGGAGGUCAUGUUGUCAGAUGGUUUCAACCCUUAAUAAUACUCCCAUAUUGGUGGGUCAGCAUUGGUCUAAAAGGCCUCCUUGCACCCCUAAUCCAAUGGCACAGUCAACUCCACCAUGCUGAUCAUUUUCCUUCUUUUAAGGACAGUCCUGCAUCUCAAAGUGGUAUGGAUAACAUCUGUAAACUGGAGCCUUCUUUCAAGGUCUGACUGCAGAAGACUUCCCUUGGGUUUAUUGGGUGUUACAGACUUUGCUCCUUCCUCAAUAAACAUUACUGUAUUUGGCAGCUUGCCCUGAUUCUCUCCUGCUCUAAAAUAUCAUAUUAAUAUGGUGCCACCUGUGUCUGCCCUAGGUCGGACCAAUCUUGCAUCCUGAUCAUUUUAGUGAAAUUGUACCCUUUUGCCUGCAGAGCUUGUACAAUGUGUUGUCUCUACUGCCUCACUUGUGCAGGUUCACAGGGGUUGGAAGGGUGCCAUUGACAGGCCUUAAUAAGAAAAGAUCCCAAAGGCUCAAACCUCCGGAAGUCAUCCUAUGUUGAUUUCUUUUUGAAGAGCUUUAUCUUGUCCAGGCUAACUAGGAUCCUAGCUCCACUACUCUUGACCUCCUCCAUUCUUCUUCUGGGCUCCCAAUUUCAGCCUGGAUCAUAGCUGUCCUCUCCCCACAGAUCGAAUUGAAUCAUUCUCAGUCCUUGUCUCCCAGUGCAGGGCAUGCUAAUGACAUCCUUAAGUUGGACAUUUCCUUCUUUCCUUCUGCUUGGGCCAAUGUUUCUGAGGCCUCCUAAAUUUCCCCAACUCUGUUUUGUUUUUUUAUCUGAGCCUCAGUAGCAGUCGGAUCUGUUGUACUGUGAAGUCUAGAGGGAUUCCCAACCAUCUUUGGAGGCACUUGUUGAUCUUGCACUUCACUCCUACUGCUUUAACUGGGUCUUCAUAAACCAUCAUCAAUCAGAGCAGGCUGUGCUGGUAAAGCCAUGCUUUAAACUUCUCCUGGAGGCCAGAGAAAUUGUCCUUCAGCCAACCCUCUGCUUUUUUCUCAGUGCUGUGAACAUUGUUACUGUCCCUCAAUAACUCAUUAUACCAUUUUUCCAAGUAUUUGAUGGUAUUACCCCGAUUGAUGGGAUGGCCUAAUUUCAUUUGAGCGGCUUGUACUGGUCGCUGAUGUCCCUUUCUUGACUUGCUUUCCUACCUUGCCAUCUCAUCAAGCAUAGUAAGCACACAUCUUGUCUAUGCAUGGGAUGUUGCUAUUGUAGGUUAUGCAUGAAACCACUGAUCCCUGGUUGUUGGACCCGGCUUAAUUGUUGGACUUCUAGUUUCCUUUUCCGUCAUUGUGAUGUUGAAGUUCAUGCCCAUUCUCAACAAAAGGGCCAAACUGAAUGGCAUACACUCUCUAUUGAAGAAUCUUGCUAAGAAGAAUCAACUUAAUUUAGCUAAAUUCUCAGUAUAAAUAAAACACGCAAGACAAAAAUCAUGGUGCCACAUGUGGCUUUAGAUGCAGGAAAAAGUAUCUGACACGAGGAAAGCAGAGUUCAGUCUAAAGAUGUAAAUAAAGACACAUAAAAUACUAAUGCAGUUGUAUUGGAGAGAUAAGGUUUUGUUGGACCCUUGCUGGCAGUGUUGUCAAUUUGUGCACAACUGUUGCUGUGGGUUGCACUAAGAGAUUCUUACAUGUAAAUAACAACAGGAUGCACACUUGUAGGUAGGCAGUGGAGGUAUCUUUAAUUAAUGAUAAUUUGUUUUCAAGUUAAUAAGGCUGCAUGUUUUAAAUUCAUUAUGAAGUUUGCAUGGCAGAAAGAAAGUUACUGUAUGAAGAUGAAGGGAGGUUGAAUUAUUCAGAGAACAGUAAAAAAAAUCUUAUUCUUAAGCGUAAAGAACAAGAACUGGUAAUAAGAAUGAAUUUUCUGGAUAUAAAUUUCAGCUUUCAUCUAUGAGCUUUGGUAGUUAAACAAAAAGGCUGGGAUUGUCAAUUUACACUACAUUAAUUGUUGGUGGAUAAGUCAGUGUUUUUUUUGACUGCUUUAUUACUUGGUCCUUGAAAGUUUUUGAAACAGCAUAAAUUUUUUGGUGCAAAAGAUACUGAAACUCGCAGUGGCAUUGCUAAAUGCUAUAUCUUGUAGAUUCUGUUUCAGGGCUUGAAAAAUAGCAUUUGAGGUCCUGUAUCCAUAAAGUGUUAGAGAUUUUUUUAUGUCAAAAAUGGACUUAAAUGUCUUCUUGAUUUUCACCAGCAUCUCUUUUAGUGAAAACAUUUGUCUUAUUCCUGAGAAACAGCUCUAACUCCAUGCAGAAUUAUGUGGUAACCGUCUGUAGGAGUAUUUUUGCACAUAUAUUGUUAAGGAGGUAACACUCACGCUCACACAAAUAUAAAACAGACAACACGCCUGGUUCUGUCACCCUGCAUCUCUGUUCAUCACACCUGCUGCCCCUUCUGCUCCUCAUACUCGGUCUACUCACUCAUUAUCGCAUUUAUCUUUAUUUACACCAUCUUUGUUUUGUCCAGCUGCUUCUCCCUUGGCUCUCUCUUUGGUAGUCGUUCAGUUGAACCACAAUAUUUAAUUCUCCAAACAAAAGAGACGGUUCAGACCAUCUCUAAGCUGAUAGGAGGGAGCUGGAGUAUCUUGGUGGGAUUCUUGUCAGCACACAAACCAACAUUCACUGCCCGAGGAAAAGCUUGUCACUCUUAAUCUCAUAAUAUGUUCAGCUGCGUGGCUCUAAAUCUGUCCCUUCUGUGUUGAUGUGUUUGUGCUUCCCUGUUAUGGUUUUGUCUUUGUUUUCAGAUUUGUCCAUACUCCCUGUCAUUGCCGUGUCACCCUGAGGUCAUCUCCUUUAAAAAUACUUCUCUAUUUCUUUUUUUGUCAGUGCUGUGCUGCUUUGAGUCUUUCAACCGUUAACAGAUGAAAACUCAAAUUUUCUAGAAUUAAGAAAAAACAUUUUUUACUUCUUACUGGUAAACUUGAACUUUUGAGUUCAACAUCAUUAUGCUAUAAUGGAUUUAUUUAAAAAAGUUUGCUGCACUAACAAAUGAGGAUUACAAUUAGUAAUCUAUUCAAAUGUUAUAAUGGAACAAGGAUUGGACUGACAGACACAAAGAUUGUAAUGACGGAUCAUUGCUAGGUACUCUGUGAUAUUCGACUAGAAACCAAUGGUGAUUUAUUUAGAGCUGAUGUAGACAUUUGAUUUCAUUGAGUAAAAAUUCACACAGAUGUAUCUGAUAUUAUGUAAAGGGUUUGUGAUCGUGCAAAAAAGUUUUUUAUUCAUCAUUAAUAAAGAAACGAUUUAAGUGCUGGCCACAAAAAGUAAUCGUGCCAUGACAUUAUCAUGUAUCUAAAGGACCCUGCUCAGUACCAUAAAAAAGGUUGUUCUAUUUCUAUCUUUAUUUUUAUGAGUAAACUUUUGUAUGACCUGUAUAUGAGUAUAAAAAUACCCUUCUAAGCGAAAUCUGGCAGAUUUUGGUUGUUGUAUCAGCCAUAUCAGACACUCUAUGACAAAGUACUUACAGUAAAAUGUAACAAUUAUAUGCUAUAUGAUGCGACACUUACCAAAGUACUGAGAAAAAGUGAAAGAUAAGUCUUGAGAAAUGUAGCUGAAGUGCUAAAACUGCAGUUCCUCAAAUGUCCACUUCAGGCUGACCCCAAAAGCCUUAAACACCCAUUAAAAAAAGCACAUCUUUAAGGCAAAAACAAAUGUGUUUACACCUGGGUGCAAUAGAUGUUUAUGCUCUGAAUAGCUCACUUCUCUCAUCCACAGGAGGGGAGUGAAUGAUUUAUAACUGAGUAGUUAUGAAGAAAUAUAAGUUACAAGUUUUCAACUAGAAAUUCCCUCUGGGAAAUUUAGAAAGGGCCACGAGGUCUACUGCCAGGGUGUUUUCUUCAGAGAUUUUAAUAAUUAAUACUAUUGAUACAAUAGUUAUAUUAUCUUAGACUGUAUAAAGAAUGGAUGCUGUCUGCCUCCUUGCUGGGUGAAGCCACCGUGAGAACAGCACCCUCUGGUGAUGGGCUGCAGUAUAGGUCAUAAAUCCGCCUCCUCCAGCAAUCCAUAUGGAGCUGUGUACAAACUUCAGAAAUUAAUUACACAGAAUAUAAAUUUUUCUCCCCCCUGCUUGUGAUGUUGACAUGUAGUUGCUGUUAUACUGGUUUGUGCUCAAGUCCUCUUUUUUUCUGUACCGCUCCAUUUUUAAAAGUUAUUAGGAGGUUCAUGUUUCUAUUAUUGACACUUGAUACAGCCUAUGGGUGCACAAAGAUUGCGUAGUUCACCCGGGGGAUACGCUGUUUGAGCCAAGCGUCAUCACAGCGACUCUCCUGCCGAAUGUGUACAAUGCUACUGCGCAAGUGGUGGGGUGCGUACAACGCUACUGCGCAAUGUUGGUUCCAGGAAGUGGAGAAAAAAUAAGGAAAUACCAGAGCAAUUCGGCUUCAAAUUCGUAUAAUGACGGAAGGUUGAGCCAAGCUUCCAUCGUAUAUACAGUCUAUGGAUAUUAUAUACAAAGAGCACACUGAUAACAAACAUUUCUUUUUCAAGUUUUUAUUCAUACAACAAAAAAAAAUGAUGCAAAAGGAUGCAGGCUCAUGUGACAGAAGAGCUAAGUGGGAGGACAGUAAUGAUCUUCCAUGUUGUCUGCAAAUACACACACACACACACACACACACAGAAACACACACGCACAUGCACACACGCCCACUCUGAGAGGUGCUCACACAUUAAGCGGACCUACAGUCCCUAUAAAAAAUUUAAAAAAGCCAGAAUGUGCUCAUUCUGACCCAUGCGCAUACUCAGGAGGUAAAACGAGUUGCCAGCUGACCAUCAGGUUGGUGGUUUGAUUCCCGGACCCAGCUCUCACAGUUGUGUCUAUGAGCAAAAUUUUAGAUUUUACUGUUGCUAAUGAUCACUAAAAUGUUUUUUUAAGGCAUGUCCAGUAUUCAGAAUACAAAAAAUGUAUUUACAAUUGUUUUUUGUCUUUGCUUUAUUGACAGAUUCAUUUUCAAUUCUUGAGAUUAUGGCAUAUUUUAAAUCAGAUAUUAUUUUAGACAGUGAAAAAAUGUGAUUAUCUAAUGUUAGGGUAUGGUCUCCUGUUGCAGCCUCUUUUUAUGAAUCCUGACGGUAAAAUAGUUUGAUAUUCAUGACAAAAUCUAAGUUACCGGGCUCUUACUGCAGCUUUAACUGAGAAACAAAUUGAUAUUAUUGAUUGCUCCAGUAAAGUGAUAAUAAGGUACAAAAAACAGCACCACCAGAGAAGUCAGAUAAGAUUUAUAACUUAGUAAAAUUGGCUCUUGAGCAGUACUCUGUGUCUUUAUAUUGACCUCUCAUUCGUGUCUCAUCUGGAUUUUCUCAGGUUGGCAUUGACUUUACAGCAUCCAACGGGAACCCUCGAGAGCCAUCCUCCCUCCACUACAUCAACCCGCUGGGGAGCAACGAGUAUCUGGCCGCUAUUUUAGCUGUAGGACAAAUUAUACAGGACUAUGAUACGUGAGUAUCUCCCACAUCCCUCUUGGUCACUAACACUUAAGUCUACAGUUAACUUUUUUAAGUCUUGUCAUUUUUAUAUAUUUGAAAGUGAUAAAAUACCUCAUUACAUAAAGUAGGUUCAUGUUGUUAUGAUUUCUCAGAGGCAGAUGUGUAUGAUCUGAUAGUAAUUAAAAAAAAUCACCAGCAACCUCAGGAGUAAGAUCAUGAUUUGUUGUUCUUAAAGUGUCUCUUCAAAUGUUCACUGAAAACAUACAAAGGUAGACAUGACUUGUCAGAUCAUUGAAAAUGACUCCUCCCUCUCCACAGUAUCUUCAAAGUAAGAUCAAAUCCCCGUGGUAAAUAGAUCAUCUCUGAGGUUUUUGUGUGAUCUGACCUCUGAAAAAGAUGCUUUCUUUCUUUUUUUUUUGGUGGCAAUCCAUUUUGCAGUAUUGUUUCAUUUUUCCUCUGCCAGCUCUCUGUGACUGUUUUUCUUUCACUGAGUGUCUUUAUGAAAAAAAAGAUAGCAUGAUUACCUCCAAUGUCUAAAUCCAGCUUGGCGAAUUCCGAUGAAAAAAAGGUUUAACGAACAUUCAAAUCUGUUGUCAUGGUUUCCUCCUCAGUGACAAAAUGUUUCCUGCCUUGGGAUUUGGAGCUCAACUCCCACCAGACUGGAAGGUGUGUGUAUGUUUUGUUUUUUUUUUCUUUCAGGAAUGCUAUUGGCUUGUGUGUGUGUGUGUGUGUGUGUGUGUGUGUGUGUGUGUGUGUGUGUGUGUGUGUGUGUGUGUGUGUGUGUGUGUGUGUGUGUGGACUACAGCUCUGUAUGAUUUGUGGAUCUAUGUAAGAAGAGCAUAUGAGAGAGGGUGAGGGGUUGUCAUGUGCCAAAUGACAGUGUAAGCAGUCCUGUAUUAUACAUGCAUUUUACACGCACAAUCAUGCAGACAAAGAUAAAACUGUAAGCAUUGUACAUGCAUAUUCACAUGAUUACGCAACUGUCAACCCAUCUGUGUUGCCAUGGCACUGAGCUGAUGAAAAGGACAAAGGAGAGAGAGCAGUACACAGAGAGAGGGUGGGAGGGAGAAGGUGUGGGAGAAAUGGACAAUAUUUCUGAACAUUUUUUAAGUGUACUGAUGAUUUGAGGAUAAAUACCAAUUUAACAGAACAUGUCCUCUGUCUCUUCAGGUGUCACACGAAUUUGCCAUCAACUUUAACCCCACCAACCCCUUCUGUUUUGGUGAGUUCAUGGACAGUACUAGUCACAGAUGCUCCUACGACACUCAGAAAUAUUAAUUUCCACAUUAUUACAUCAUUCUUUGAAUUUAGGCCUUUUAAGGAAUUAGGAUGUUCAAAUUUUAGACUUACGUUGACCAGCCAUAACAAACAACUAGGCAAUCUAAGGAGACCCUACUCACUCACAGAAAUAUUUAGGCCAAACUGCAUAUAAAGGGCUCUAUUUUCAUGCCUCGCCAGAGAUGUGGUGCGGCGUAAGUCAGGUUCACCGCGCCGACAAGGCGUUCCCAAGCACAAUUUGGUAUUUUGGUGAGCGGCGCAGCCCAGCGUAAGUAUCCCCCCUCCCUAUCUCAGCUCCUCCCAGCUGCGUAAGUCGUAGCAAGGGAGGAGAGAGGGCGUGGAGUGGGUUUAACACAGCCGAGACCUGUAUUGACCAAUAACAUCAGCUCCUCUCCUCGCCUUUAAAUCCGCCACCAGCGAGGCAUAUUACUAUUUUCCUGAAGUAGUCAAAGAGAUCAAGAGAUGUCUGAAGACAGUUAUGCCACACGAUGGGGACAGAAGGCAGCCCCUCAACAAGUGUCACUGUAAACGCUGCAGUGGGCGUCCUGCACACUCUCUCAUAUAAGCACAGAUGGAUUUGGUGUGUGUAAUGUUGGACCCACUGGUAAGACAAACACCCUUUCCACAAAUAAAGACACUCACAUAAAGUUGCAUAUAUUCAAACCUCACGUGACAAAGGUGGGUUGUGCACAGAGAUCACAUCAUAAAUUCCAAUAAUGGCAUUACAAUCGGAACCAUCUGUGCGUAAAGGACGCAUCGCGCUCCGUGGCCUGGUUCUGUCUUUCAUAGAUGUUGGCAUAAAAAAUAAAUUUGGCUCACAAAACUGAAUAUUAUAAUAUUCGUAUGUCGGCUUAAAGUAAAUAACUCAUCUGAUCACUGAAACAAAUUAUCUGUUCAGCCGCCGCAGCAGCAGCUGCAGCAGGACGGAGAGAGGACAUGGAGACAUGUCCAGGUCCAGCUGCGUGAGAAAUAAGAGGAACAGGAAGACAGAAAAGGAGGGAGACGAAUUACAUAUCUAGUUAACUUCAUCAUGUGUGUCUAUUUACUAGAUAUUUAAUUUAAUUUAAUGCGGUUUCAGCUGUGUUGAUUCGGUCAGGUUGUGUGUCCAAACGCGUGUCAAACGCGCUCAUCAGAUCAGAUAUAGAUCAGAAUAUAUCUAUAUAGAUCUAAAUGUAUGUGCUGACUCAGAUUAUUAGUUGUUGAUGAUUAUUUAUUGCACUGUAAUGUGCCUGACACUGUGGAAACCUGCCGGUGAGGCAUCGGUGACGUAUGCCGAUACGCCGCAGGUCUACCAAAAUACCACUAGACCAGCUGCCAUCCACCUGCGCUGAAAGCUGACCAGGUUUGAAUCAGCGAGCUUUCAGCGCACUUUAUAUGCCACCGGCGAGCUUGAUAUAAUAAUAAAUGUAAAGUACAAUAACCAUGUUUCUAACCAUAUCAAUAAAACUUUUAAGUUUAGUAGCUUCCUGAAAGUAGAAUUCAUGGUAGGGCUGCUAUAGGAGAUGGUAUUAGAUAUCCUAGGUGUUCCUAAUGUUCUGGCUACUCAAGAUACCCCAUAUGUUCUGGUGUGGUGAAGUAAUUCAAUACAUAUGACCACAAGAUUUGGAGAGUAGAAGUUUGACACUCACAGAUCUCAAACUUUCUCAAAUACACUAAAUACUUUUUUCUUAAUACUUACCUGUCAAGAUGAAAACAAACAUUAAUCGGGCAAUACCAUGUGAGAUGGUAAAUGGAUCACUUUUCUUAAGCGAUUCCUCUUGUCUUUUUCUGACCACUCAAAGUGCUUUACAUUACAUGUCACAGUCACACAUUCACACCACAGUCACGCACUGAUGGCAGAGGCUGCUAUGUAUAGAGCCCAUCAGUUUUAGACUAAUCUCAUUCACACACCACUGGGUGCAGCCAGCGGGGGCAGGUGGGGUGAAGUGUCUUGCCCAAAGACAGCAUUUGGACAGCCUUGGGAUGAAACAUUCGACCUUCCAAUUGGGAGGCUACGAACUCUACCCUUGAGCCACAGCCACCGCAGUUUUUCUGUUUAAAAAGGAACUUAGGCUGAGAUGCAAGAAGAUGAAAUGCUGCCAAAAAUAGCCCAUAAACCCCAGAAAGACAUGGGCUUUGAUACUAAUGAAAGAGACAUAUAUUAACCAUUACCAACAAUCAGCAGGCCUCUAAUACUGCUAUACUAAAGGCAUGACAACAUGAUCACUUCAUCAAGUUUGUGAAGUUCCACAGUGAAAGAGUGACACAUCAGCAGGAGAGAUAACUGUUUUAAACAGAAAGGCUGGUAAGAAGUUUACUCAGUUGAACUUUUUUGAUUAUGCAGUUUUAGUGUUCUCCAUUUAUAUUUACUGCUGCACGACACUACUACUAACCAAUGUUAUAUCCUAGCAGAGGAAGAAAGUUAUCGUAAAUAAAGGCAUUAAUACUACAGGUAAAGGCCUGUGACAAAAUAUGAAACUCUGUGCACUGCUUCCAAAUAGAUUUAGGGUACUGAUGUACUUGCUCCUAUUCACAUGUCUGCCUCCACACGGCCUUCAUUUCAGGGUUAGCAAAUGAACUGCUUCUCUUCUAAUAGCAUAAAACAGUGUGUAAUGUAAGAGGUAAGUGACUAUAUGAAAAAAGAACAAAUGGUUGUAACCUAAAGCACUGAGACACAAUGAUUCAGAAUACACAAUUUAUAUGAGUAUAUGAUUCUCAUGGUCUUUGUUUGAUGAAAUUCAGUUAAAGGCCAGUGUUUCAGAUCAUUUGUCAGGGUGUAUAUCAGAAAUGCUAAUGAGAUCAAGGUUUUGAGUUGUGAUCCACAUGCAGGCACCAUAUUUUACAAAUGUGACCCUUGAUUUCUUACCCCUUUCAAAGGCCAGAGUCCACCCUCCAUGACUUCUAAUUUUCAUGCAAAGUAACGCUGUGUCUUAACAUGAUUACUCUGUCUGUGUAUUUUUCAUACAGGUGUGGAGGGCAUUGCCCAGGCCUACUCUGCCUGUCUUCCUCAUAUUCGUUUCUACGGCCCUACAAACUUUGCUCCCAUCAUCAAUCAUGUAGCCCGAUUUGCUGCCCAGGCCCUUCAACAAGAGAAAGCAGCGGUAGGUGGUGAUGUCUGCAUUAAUUAAUUAAUUAAUUUUUUCUUCAUUUGGACUUUUUAAAUGUACAUAGGUUGUAUUCAAUCAUUUGCCAACUCAUCAUUUUCUGAAAUCAGGGCUGCUCCAUUUGACAUGUUGUCAUGAUCCAAUACUCGUGUUUUUUUAAAUAUCAGAUCAUAUCUCCUCCACUUUAAGAAGCCAAUGAGCGGAUGGGAUGCAUUCCGGACACGCUCCAACAGUGCUUUGAGUGGCCGCAAUGCAUUGCAUUUUGCUGUAAAAUUUCUUCAUUUUCUCUUUUCAUGUUCCGUUUUUGUUAGGCUGGCAUUAAUGUACUUAAUUCUAGUUGGUUUUGGAUUUGGGACUACUUUUGUGGUGGUUUGUUUGUACAUUUUGCCACCAAGGCUUUGACACCGUGGGUCAGACUACAAGCCUAGGUUGGUAAGUACUUGGCUUCGCUCCCCUCCUCUGAGUGACGCUGCCACACAUCUUUAAAUUGUAGUUGUGGAGCGGUUUUUACAGUACCUCACGAUCUCACAAUUGUGGCCAUUUAAUAUUGCAUAUUGCGAUUAAAUCAUAUAUCAUCACAUCCCAACUAGAAGCAACUGACUGCAUGGAUUUCCCUGAGGACUUAUUAGGAAUUUAUCUCUCUCUGCUUUUAAAACUCUUUACAUUUGAGAUUCCCUUGACAUCCACUCCUUUAACUCCUGAUACAUCAUUCUCUUUGUUUUCAGCUUGCUCUUUUGCUUUUAUCUAAUUUUUACAUCCAUUUUUGGCAGGUUUUCUCUGUAAAGCUGUUUCCCAUGAGUUUUCUGCUCUUUGUGGCACCCUGCUGUCCAGACUGCAGUAUGUCAGUCUUAUGAGCAGUGAUAACCCCUGAGCCUCACUUUUUCUCUCCACCACACUUUUUCUCCUUAUCUUGUUCUGUAAUCCUUGAGUAUUGGUCACAUGUCCAUCAGGGCAAAGUUGUGAUCAUGUCCUCAUCUUUGUAUUUUAAGCAAUGCCUCCAAAUCAACAUAAGCAUGUCUGUUAUUAAAAGCCACCAGUGGUGAAUGGCUGUCAGGGCAGUGUAUACUCAUAGUUUAUUUACUCUGUUUAGCAGCUCGAUGGCUGAUGGGACAAACAAGAGUGUGCAUCUGUUGGCCCAGACUUCUGGCAUGUUUACCGCAGUGUCAGUGAGGAGGUUGAAGGACUGAGUGUUGAUUUCUCCACCUCACACUCAUUUUUCCACCAGCUGAAACACUGACCAGGCGCUUCACACAUCCUCAAGCUUAACUUCAUGUCAGAAAAACACCUUCAUUAUCAUCUUUUUGGUAUCACAUUAUGGAUUGUUUUCCUUCUUUUUAUCCUCUACCUCUACUCAUGAAUCACAAAGGCUUUUGGGAGGGGGAUGUAAGUCAAUUAGUAGUUGUAAUCAUUGGUUAACUAGUGCAUGAAUUGCCAAAGCAGUCUUUGUUUAUUUUGUCCUCUAACAUGCUUAAAGGAAUAUUCCGCUGUUAAAUUAAGUUACGGUCAAACACACCGGAACACUGAGUUAGACACCCCCUCGAGAGAUGAAUGUUGCCGACUGCUUGCUUCUCUAGUUUUACCAACUUGAGAAAGGACCGCACGAUAGCAAUACACAGCGGCCUACGUCUCCACACACAAACCUCAACCAAAACGCCACUCUAUAGCCACAAAUAAUGCUCAGAAAAGCACCUAACUUCAUCAACAGUACAUGUAGGGUCCCAGCCAUAGUACUAGGUAUCAAACAUCUUUUUAGCUUUGCCUGGUUUCUUUAUCAAAGAGACCAAACACAACUCACCCAUUUGUUUGAGGGGUAGCCCUGACGAGGUGAUUACGGAGUGCAGCGGAGUUUCGCAGCUCAAGGAAGAACAUUUAUGAUCAUUACUUAAUGGAAAUGUAAUCAGACUGAGACACUAAGGCAGAAGAAUUACUGUGUCUGCAGUGCAAAUUGAUUAUUAUGAUGAUUAUUAGUUCAUCGAAAUGAUCCGCUGCACUCGGUAAUCGACUCCUCUGGCUCCCUCAAGAACAUGUGGCUGCUGGAAGAGAGUAGGUGCGUUGUGUUUAGUCUCUUUGCUAAAGAAACCAGGCAAAGCUAAAAAUAUGUUUGAUGGCUAGUACUAUGGCUAGGACCCUACAUGUACUGUCGAUGAAGUUAGGUGCGGUUCUGAGCGUUAUUUGUUUAUUUGUGGAGACGUAAACUGCUGUGCAUUGCAAUCCUGUGGUCAUUGCUGAAGUUGGUAUAACUAGAAAAGCAAGCAGUCAGCAACAUUCAUUUUUUGAGGGGGUGUCUAACUUGGUUUUCCGGUGUGUUUGACCCUAACUGAAUUUUACGCCGGAAUAUCCCUUUAAGUAGUCUUCUGACUAAAUCUCAUCCUGCUGACUUCAAAUUUAAAUAGGUCAGGAAUUCUGAAUAUUUUACAUAAUUGUAAAAACAGGGCGGUUUCUGUAGCUGCUUGGCUGACAGCUACCCCUUAGACCAAUUUCAGGCAUUGAAAAUUACCCACACACACACACACACACACAAAGAAACAUAAAUCUUUUUAGUGAUGGUUUUGCUUGCUUUUGUAAAACAUAAAAAGGCAUCAAUGUAAAUUUCUUUUCAUUUCACACGUCAAAAAACUCCUUACAGAGGCUUUAAGUGUUAAACACUUUGUGACUUAUUUCCAAAACAACAAAUCCUGUAGAUUUCCACUCAGUCUAGGCUUGGGAACACUUAACCAUCUGAAACUAUUGAGCCCCUGGAGUUAUAUUUAAAGAAGAGUUGUGAUUGCCUGACUUUCUUUCCACUCCCAUCAUCAAAUCCAUAUUGACUUUGUCUAACACUUGAACAGUACCUGCAAAAAUAAUGUCAUUUUCUUUCUCCUCAUCUGUACUUCAUGUUUGAUGCCAUUGAAAGUUGUUAGUACAAAUGUGUCAAAUAAGGAUUCUGAUUAUAAAGAGUGUACACCUACUGAACAUGGGCUUAAUAGCAUUGUCACUGCUGGCCAAUUCGCAAAAAUCAAACAGCAAAACAUAGACGUACUCUCUGUGAUGUCAGUCUUUUUUUCAGAGAGAUGUUUUGAUGCCCAGCGAUUGUGGGUGCCAUUUUGGAAAAGCUUACUCAACCUAACUGUUAAUCAGCCUUGAGGGCCAGAACUGAGGCGGGCUUUUAACAAACAAGCUACAACACACCCUGUACUGUGUGUAUGUGUAAAUAAAGAGCUACCCCUAAAUGUUUUGGAUCCAGGCUGUAAACAUGUUUCAUUCUCCUGUAAAGACAAGAAUUUUAGCAAAGGAUGACGAACUGCAGUUUUUUUGUGCACCACAUUUCAAGGAAAUGUAAUACGUGACAACUUGACAAGACAACAGCUAACACACUGGCACUUGUCUACUUUCAAGAAGAGCUGCCAGAUUUUUAGGGUGUAAUUGCAGGAUGUCAAAAGUUAAUGGCAUUUGAUCAAAGUUUAAAAAAAAGGGUUAAGUUUCUUAAGAUUUAAACUUCACUCAUUGAUUUAAAGCCAUUGUUCACUUGCUGUGCUGCUACAGCAAGGCUCAUGUGGAGUUCCCCCCUUACACAACAAGUACAGGUGUUCCAGAUUUUUACCUCCGCCAAGGGGGUUAUGUUUUCGGUAGCGUUGGUUUGUUUGUUUGUUUGUUUGUCUGUUAGCAACUUUACAGAGAAAGUAACAGACGGAUUGACCUGAAAUUUUCACCAGAGGUGCGUCUCAGCCCCAGGAGGAUCCCAUUACAUUUUGGUGGUGAUCAGGACAAAAUUCUGGAUACUGUGAUCCAGAACACACAAAAAUAAGGGUGUCGUUGGAAUUUUCAAUGCUGAAAGAUAACGAAUGGGCGGCACAGUGGUGUAGUGGUUGGUGUAGUGGUUAGCACUGUUGCCUCACAACCAGAAGGUCCUGGGUUUGAAUCCCGGUCAGGGCAUUUCUUGUUUAAGGGGGGACAUGAGCUGCUUGGCGGCGGUCUGCGCUCUCCGAGUGCUUUUCUAGUUAUCCAUUUCAUCAUGUGCAAAGAUCUACAAACUUUUACUGAAAGGUGCAUGUCCUAGUUUUGUACCCUACCGUGUAACAACUGCUUAAAUCUGAAGAGAGUGCAUUAGCUGGGUAUCAUUAUGCUCCCACAGUGCUUUUUGUCCCUAAUUGUACCCUGUCACCCUGUGGAGAACAAAAACAUGAACGAAAUACAUAAAGGGUUGUACACGUUGGUGUCAUCUGUGCCAGAAUCCUUUUGUUUCUGUACUGAAAUGAUUGUAGACCCCAGACUCGUUUAUACUGUCAUUGUGAGUUCAAAUAGGGGUCAAAUUUAGGGAGGAGUUGUCGUCGAUCAGAUAUGACUGAUACAGCACAAGUGUUUGUACCACAGAAGAAGCUACUGAUUAGAAUGGGAGUGUGUGUGUAUAUAUGUGCGUGCGUGAAAAGUGGGUGGUGAGGUUGUAGGCUGUAAAAAUGGCCUGAUCCUCUGCCUCAGUGUACUUGUUCCUCAGAUAAUGAGAGAACCUGUGACUGCAGACUGUGUGACUGUGUACAAGCUCACACACACACACACACACACACACACACACACACACACACACACACACACACACACACACACACACACAAACACAUACAUGCUGCAGGCAAGUGCGGGUGCAAGCCCCAGUGUGAGAGCGACCCUGUCUGUCUGUGUGAUAAUGAUUCUCUAAUGAGCGCUGCUGUUAGCACAUUAAAGAGACAGGCUUCAGAGCCCUCCUUGUGUGUGUCUGUGUGUGUAAUGAGGAAGUGUGAUCCUGCUCUGAGUAAAGUCAGAUUGAGUCUGUUCUUGUAUUAGCUUUCACGUUUGUGUACCCAGAAGCAUGUUCGUGGAUGUAGUGUGAUUCUUGGUUAUUAUUUCCGUCUGUGAGCUUGUCUCAGCCCAGAGUGGAAAAUUUACAUUCAUAUUUAUCUUAUCAAGUGGUGACAUCCCAUCUCCAUUUAACACUGUUUUCAGGUUCACAUGUUGUAUGCUUAGUGUGCCGUAGUGUUCCUCACUUCAUGUUGUGUCUGUUAGACACAGUCUGUGGGUGUUACUUUUCACACAGCUUUGUAAUCAUGAAACAACACAAAGUUUUUCCUUCACAGAAAACCUCUAAGUCUAGAAAUUAGCACCCAGGAAGCUCCCCAUUUAGUCUCAUCAGCAUACAGCAACCAUUAUGGCAUCACAUUUCUUGUCUGGAUUUCUCUUUUUUGCCUUUGUCUUAGAUAGGGAGGAGUCAUCAGCUUCUAGUCUGCAGUAUAGCUCCUCCAUGAAAAACAGUGUUUUAUUGAUGGUCAAGCCAUUUCAGUUUUUAACAUUAAAUGCCAACUGAUACUGAGAGAGCAGAGACUGAUGGCUGAUACCUAAUGUCAGUAUCACAUUGUUGUGAUUACCUCCGUUGGUUUGUUUGUUUGUCUGUUAGCAACUUUACGGAGAAAGUUACAGACAGAUUGACCUGAAAUUUUCACCAGAGGUGUGUCUCAGCCCCAGGAGGAUCCCAUUAAAUUUUGGUGGUGAUCAGGACAAAAUUCCGGAUACUGUGAUCCAGAACACACAAAAAUAAGGGUGUUGUUGGAAUUUUCAAUGCUGAAAGAUAAGCAAUGGGCGGCAAAGUGGUGUAGAUGGGCGGCACAGUGGUGUAGUGGUUAGCACUGUCGCCUCACAGCAAGAAUCCGGGUCAGGGCAUUUCUUGUUUUAGGAACAUUAUGAACAGUGAACAUACCAGUUUAAACACAAAUAAAAGUCAAUAAAAGACACGUAACAGUAAAAGUUUUGCUGUGAAUCACAACAUAAGGAGGGACAUGAGCUGCUUGGCGGAGGUCUGCGCUCUCCGAGUGCUUUUCUAGUUUUUAUUUGCAUUUAGGAAAAAAAAAAAUAUUGAUGGGAUCGAAGUGGGAAAAAAAAUCAAACAAACAAUUUUUCAAAAGAAUUUAGACACAAAAUGUUUGGCUUAAUAAAGUGUUGCUACAAGGAACUUUUAGAUUUCUGAAAGAAUUCAGAAAGAAAAAAAUAAUAACAGGAUAAAUAUUGAAGUCAUAAAAAAGAGGUUAAGACCAUUUCCCCUUGAACUGAUGGUGAGACAAAGACAGUGUUUUAUGCUGUAGUUUUCAGUACAUUAAUGAUUUUUCAGUCAGAAAAAAAUCAAUCAUUAUCCACAUUAUAAAAGAGUUUAAUCUAAACCAUUAGCCAGUUACUGUUUGAAAUUAGAUAUGAUACAGUCAUGAGAGGGUCAAUGUAGAGAUGGUGCUGAUGUUUUACAUGCCAAUUAUUCAGUCAGUUGAGUAAUUGGUAUUUUAAUUCAUAUGUAACAAGCACAGGGGUGUUAACCUGCAGGUAGUGCUAGCUCUGCUAAUAGUAGACAUCCUCAACAAACCAAUUUGACACAGUGUACCCACAUACUAAGAUUCAGUGUUUUGCUGUGUUAAACAAAUUCAGCUCAAAUGUUGCCCCCUUUUUUGAGUUUUUAUUACCUUUGGACUGAUGGAUUGUCAGAUUUUAAAUGUCCUUAAAAAAGACCCAGUAGUUCAUCAUCUCUAGUCUCAGACCCUUCAACUAACCAAGGACUGAUUAAAAAAUCUUUCUAAUAAUGCCCCACAACUUCCACAAGUUGUGUCUACUCAUAAAGACAAAAAACUGUGGGUUGUGGGAUAGAGAUAAAGAACAAGCCUGAUUUAUUCAGAAUAAACUAUUUUGCAUUUAAACGCAGUGUUAGUGCAGUGUUUAUGUUGUUUCUUUCCUCUUCAUCUCUUGUUUUCUUUCUUCCCUCUUUUUUUUCAGGAGCAGAUGGUGUGCUCAGUCAUAUGAAUGGAGCCCAGAAAAGCUAAUGCAGAAAAGCUUUCAUUUGAUUUUUUCAUUGUCCUCCAACAAAUACUGUUGUUUUACUCUGUUGUAUUUCCUGUCCCCUCUGCACUCCUGACAUUCUGAAAUGUUUUUUUUUCUUUUUUCAUGAUUGACUUGUCUUUUUCUCUUUUUAAAAAACAUUGCAUCACCAUACUUACCAUUAUUUACAGCCAAAUCAGCUCCUGUUACAGCUCUCUGCCUGUCAUACUGAUGCAAAUUCCUCCAAAGUAGCUUUCAGAGAGAUUUAUAUUUCAUCUGCAACAUGAUAACAUGACUUUUUUUUCUCUCCCUCUCUCCCCACAAUCCCUCAUCCUCUUUUCCCCUCUGCAGCAGUACUUCACUCUCCUCAUCAUAACAGACGGCGUCAUCAGCGAUAUGGAUGAGACGCGCGAUGCCAUCGUGCAGGCAUCUAAACUGCCCAUGUCUAUUAUCAUCAUUGGGGUGGGCAAUGCUGACUUUGCUGCUAUGGAGUUCUUAGACGGCGAUGCCAGCGUUUUGAGGUCCAACGCAGGAGAGGAGGCUGUCCGGGACAUUGUCCAGUUUGUUCCUUUCAGGGAUUUCCGCAAUGUAAGACUUUGUUUCAGGCUGUUUGAAAAGGAAAGAAAUAAUGAGAAGACGCUCAAAUGGUCAAGGUGUACUUUAUUCCAGAAAUGCAUUGCCCAGUUUGGAGACAACAUCAACACAUACAUAAAAAUUACCAUACAGUACAUAGUCCAAAAUAGUUCAAUCUGCUGGAAAUGGUGCUGUCCUCAAAUCUGUCAAAUCUCCUGGCUGACACAGGUGAUAAAAUUUUACUUUCAAAGGUUUUCUUGUUUGUCGGUGAAAGAUCUGUUAGUGAAAUUUGGAAAUGGAAAGUUUGAUAACUUUAAAUCUGUAAAAUUUUUACUUUUGAUAGUGAAGAGGUUGAAUAUGUCCCCAAAAUAAGAUAUCUUUUUCCCAGCAGAAAAUCUGUCUUAAAAUCAACAUUUCAAGAGUUCAACAAAAUCAAAGCUGAAGUCAAAAUCAGGUUUCUUUUAUCAAAACAAAGGCAGUUUUUUUCUUUCUUUUUUGUCUUGGAAAGUACUCAUAUCAGCAACCUUUUGACAUCUUUGUAUGAAACCUUUUUGCUGUUGUCUUAGCCAGGUAUGGAAGUGUAUUGCAGUAGCUCAGGAGGUAGAGCGGUCGUCCAAUAACUGGAAGGUUGGCAGUUCGAUUCCCCCCUAUCCCUAGUCUCUCCGUUGUGUCUUUGGGCAAGACACUUAACCCACCUUGCUCCCAGUGUGUGUCCUCCACUGGUGUAUGAUUGUGAGUGUUGUGUGGGGGUGGUCAGAGAGGCGCAAAAUGGCAGCCACGUUUCCGUCAGUCUGCCCCAGGGCAGCUGUGACUACUAAGGUAGUUUACCACCACCAAAGUGUGACUGUGUGAGCGAAUGAAUGAUGUAUCCAAUGUAAAGCACUUUGAGGGUCUCUGAUAAAGCGCUCUAUGAAAUCUGAUGCAUUAUUAUUAUUCACCAAAAAAAAAACUGUUUUUCAGAGUUGUUUUUUUUUCUGUUCUGUUCUUUGGACUAAUUUUUUUCUGUUUUUCAGACUAAUUGUUUUUCCUAUUCUCUCUUUCAAUAGAUGCUUUCAUCCCCCUCUGCUCGAUUUAUUGGAAGCAAACAUGGCCCACUUGUUUAGUUUAAUAAAGUUUAACUUUCUUUUGGGUUUGAGACACUAAGAGAUGGUCCAUACUUUAAGUCAGAUAGAUUGAAUUGUCAUUAGUUUGUCUGCUUUGCGCAGGCACCUCAGGAUUUGCAUACCCUAAGGUUUAACUAAUAACAUGCUUUACUCUUAUUGACCCCAUAGUUGAAGUUAUCUAAGAGCUGGAGAAUCUGCUGAUUUGGAGCAGCCGCAGUGGUUAACAUUAUCUGAUUGUAUGAGAUUCUCACAGGAUUUUUUAGUAUCUCAUUUAGUCAGGAAAAAAAAAUUGUCCAAAAAACAGAAAGACGGAAAAAAAAAACAGAAAAGAAUAGAAUAAAAAAAUUAUCUGAAAAACAGAAAGAGGGGGGAAAUGCAUUAGUAUUAUUGAAUUCACUUUUGAAUUUCCCUUCGGAGAUUAAUAAAGUUCUUCUUCUUCUGCUAGUACAAUAAAAAAAACAGAAGAAAAAAGUUAGUCUGAAUACAGCAAAGAAAAAGAACACUCAAAAAACAGUUUCCUUUUUUUCUAAGUGAAUGCAGCACACUUGCAAAGCUAGGUCUCCUUUCUUAAAGAAAUUUAAAAAAAAAGGAGACCUAAAAUUAAAGAACUUUUAUAUCUCAAUAGUAGUAUUCCUAGAAAAUGAAGUUAAAUAGUAGAUCUUUGUUUUGUUCUUUUAGUUUGGUAAAAUGCUUAAAUUGUUGAAGCAGGUUGAUGCUCUCUCGUUUCUCUCACGCUUCUCCAUGUUUUAACAACCGAACAACUUUUUUUGGUGAAGUUUGAAACCUCUCUGUCACCAUUUGCCGUCUUAAACUUUGACUAAUGUUUCAGCUUGCAGCUGUGAUUUGCAAUGUCACUUUGACUCCUUCUUAGUUCUGCCGUGGAGGCUUCACCUAAUAAUGUGUCACGCUGUCUGAGUGUGAAUGUGUUUCCAAAUGGCAGCCUGUUGGUUCGUAGAUUGUAGCACACACACUUUAAGACUCACAUACAGGGUUUGCUAGAUGAGGAAAGCUGCCUGCUUAUCUCAGACGUGACAGAGACCCUGAGAAAUGAGUUAUGUGCUGUGUUGAUAGAUAAGCACACAUACCAUUCACGUAAAAACAGAGCAAGGAAGCAACUUUACAAGUGUGCCACAGGUGAGCACAUGAGCUAAUUAGUUGGUACAAAUGAUGGCACAUUGUGUGCAUGGGAGACAUUCUCAAUCACUUUUGUAUUUUUAUAUUGUUUCCGUGUGUGUGUGGGUGGGCUGCUGGUGGGCCAGCUGACUUCCUUUGUAGUAGGAGGAACAGACAGUGCUUGCUGGCUUCAUUCCAGUUUGUUAUUAUUGGAGUACAAGACAGCAACAAAAACUCCAGAGGAAGAGUGAGAAAUGACAGAGAGGAAACAAAAUAAUAAGAGAGACCUGAAACAAUAUGCUGUGUUGGCAGGUUCACUCGAGCCAUGAGCCAGUGUCUCUAAAAGUUAGCUUGAAGGAACAAGGCACUCUAACUUUACCUUGGUAAGUGAUUUAUACUAAAACUUAUUGAGUCCUGUACAACCUUUACCAGCAACCCUUUUUCAAAGUAGGCAAAGAAACAUGACCUCCAUGCUGUAUCACCACACAGACAAAAAACUUGAAUUUUAUUUCACUGAUCAAAGAUUUGAAGACAAAAUGCUUCAACGAUACCAAAAGGUACAAUGACAAACACCAAAAGAAGCAAUAAAUGAGCCCAAAUUUAUUACCUCUGCCAAGGAGGUUAUGUUUUCGGUAGCGUUGGUUUGUUUGUGAGUUUGUUUGUCUGUGAACAACUUUACGGAGAAAGUAACAGAGGGAUUGACCUGAAGUUAUCACCAGAGGUGCGUCUCAGCCCCAGGAGGAUCCCAUUACAUUUUAGUGGUGAUCUGGAUCGCCUUCUGGAUCCAGGAAUUUUUUAAAGGAUUCUUUAUCAUUGUGAGAUAGGGCAAAUUUGGGAAUUUUUGCAUUUAACUCUAUAAAAAUGGCCAGAGUCUUUAGUAAAAAAUGACACAAAAGGAUCUCAAUGAGUUUUAUGAGGUGUCAAAGGUUGAUCCUGAUCCAGACAAAAUUCAGGAUACUGUGAUCAAGAACACACAAAAAUAAGGGUGUUGUUGGAAUUUUCAAUGAUAACCAAUGGGCGGCACAGUGGUGUAGUGGUUAGCACUGUCGCCUCAGAAGUAAGAAGAAGAACAAAAAUAAUGGUGUUGUUGGAAUUUUCAAUGCUGAAAGAUAACCAAUGGGCGGCACAGUGGUGUAGAUGGGCGGCACAGUGGUGUAGUGGUUAGCACUGUCGCCUCACAGCAAGAAGGUCCUGGGUUUUAAUCCGGGUCAGGACAUUUCUUGUUUUAGGAACAUUAUGAACAGUGAACAUACCAGUUUAAACACAAAUAAAAGUUAAUAAAAGACACGUAACAGUAAAAGUUUUGGUGUGAAUCACAAUAUAAGGGGGGACAUGAGCUGCUUGGCGGAGGUCUGCGCUCUACGAGUGCUUUUCUAGUUACAUAAUUGAAUCGUUGGGAGUGCUGUUGGCUUUCAGUGAGUUUUCUUUCAACACAAUUUCAAACAAGUCAGUGUCCAGUCAGAGUAUUGAUCAAUGAAUAUGUACUUCAUAGAACUCAGCGAUCAGGUUGAGCUUUCUUAAAGGGAUAUUCCAGCGUAAAAUUAAGUUAUGGUCAAACACACCGUAACACUGAGUCAGACACCCCCUCGAGAGAUGAAUGUUGCCGACUGUUUGCUUCUCUAGUUAUACCAACUUUAGUAACGACCGCACAGUAGAAAUACACAGCGGCCUAGUUCUCCACACACAAACCUCUACCAAAAAGCCACUCUAUAGCCUCUAUAAUGCUCAGAACAGCACCUAACUUCAUCAACAGUACAUAUAGGGUCUCAGCCAUAGUACUAGACACCAAACAUCUUUUUAGCUUUGCCUGAUUUCUUUAGCAAAGAGACCAAACACAACUCACCCACACUCCUCCAGCAGCCGCAUGUUUGCAGAGUUUCAGAGUUUUAUGAUCAUUGCUUCAUGGAAAUGCAAUCAGAUUGAAAUGCUAAAGCAGAAGAACAACCGCAUCUGCAGUGCAAAAUGAUUAUUAUGAUUACUUCAUAGAAAUGAUCCGCUGCACUCUGUGCUGUCAAAUAGAGGACCCAUGUAAGUCCAUAUCGGGCUGGUAGUGAUUCAAGAUACAAGUUUAAGUCUUCAUCAUCAUCAUCAUUGUGAAGAAAAAUAAUGAAGCAUCUCCCCUGAGCAGUUGAAGUGCUAAAUAAGCUGGACAAAAUUAAAUAGACAAUGAGUCUGCUUUAUAUUUACAAAACAGGAUCAGAUCAAAUCAAAUCAAAAAAGAAGCAGUUAGUAAAAACUUACACACAAAGUUAAGUACACUGAUCUGUAACUAUUCUGUAGCUAUGAUUAUCAAUGUUGUGAUUUUUGUGGUCUUGAAUUUUGUUAUCCUUACAGUUGUUCAUGCACUUUUUCUCUUUCUUUCUCUGUCAGGCUCCCAAGGAGACUCUCGCCAAGUCUGUCCUUGCAGAGCUGCCUCAGCAGGUCACCCAGUAUUUUAAACAGCGGAAUCUACCUCCAAGAAACUCGGCAUCAGAGUGAGACCUACUGAAGAGGACAGGACCCUGCACUACCGAUCAGCGUCUCGUAUCAUCGACGGAAAACUAAAGAAAAAAGUGCACAAAUUAGAAACAAUAAGGUGUGAACACAAAAGAAUCCCACACUGAAGUUAUCUCUUUCAUUAUAUUUGCCAUGUUGAUAUUGGUUAAAGAAUGUGUGAUCGUGAUUUAGUGUGACUCCAACAGAAGAAGGCUUCAUUUGCUUUAAUCUCCUAAACACAGAUCUAUGAUGACUGAGUAUUUGAGACGUCUUCUGCCCUCUAUGAAAGGAGGUGUUUUGAAAUGAUAUCAUGACUAUAGAGGUCAAACUUUAGCCGUCUUUUACAGAGAUCAAAAAGAUUUAGGAGGAUGUACAUUUUUAACUUUUGCAUGUGUGUCUUGUGAUUGAAACUACAUGGUUAAAAGAAGUCCUUGGUGUUAAGUCCCCUCUCUAGGCUGACCUGUAUCAGUGGUUGAACGCCCUUCUGUUGCCACUCAGAUCCUUCCUGGGUAGCGGAUCGGAUGAUGGCUUUUUGCUUUUGUGCUCUUGUGCGGUGAACUCACAGAUUGAGCCUCAACAGUGUACUGUGUUCUCACCCCUGCUUGGUUGUCUGGUGGGAGGUUUUAGUGUUCUAGUUUUAAAUACCAGUAGUCUAUGAGGGAGGUUUUAAUGCUCCGCUACGCUUGUUUGAUUCCAGAGGGCAGAAUCAUAUGAGGGUGAGGCCGCACUGGCCACUGUAGCACUUACACAGGAUUUACUGUAUAUUGGAUACUGGGGGAACUCAUUUGGCUGUUAAAUAAGGCGCCAUUCGCUCGAGUUUACCAACUUUGAUUAUUAUUGACAUUGGUUCAUCCUGCAUGUUGCCAAUAUCUACUCAGUGUUUACAGACUGAUACUGAUGAUCACAAAGGCAUGAUUUUUUUAAAUUAUGUAUUUAUCCGAGUUUGUAAAUAUUUCAAUGAGAUUCUAUGGAGAGGGACUGCAGUGUUACAAGGCACAGAGAGUUUCAGAGAAAGCUGUUUGGUGAAGGAUUUAAAAAGUGGAAUUAGAAGAGAAGUGUCUGUGAAGAAGUGUCUACAUAUAUAUAUAUAUGUAUAUAUAUACAUAUAUAUAUAUACAUACAUAUAUAUAUAUAUAUAUAUGUAUAUGAUGCAGUUUAUGUUCUGAAAGCCAAUGUUUGGACAUGUUUUUAUGUACUUUUUAUGCAGUGCUGAAUUGUGUUCUUUGACUAUACUGUGUGUUACUGUGCAUCUUUGUACUACAUAUGUUGCUAUUGAUUUUAUAAAGAUGUGUCUGUGUCCACACUCAGGUUAAUAAACGAAAGAAGUGUCAAGUCCUCCAUCUUUGUGGAUUAAAGUUUGUUUCACAGCUGAUUAUCCUCUUCAGCUACCUGUACAGAUGGAUACAAGAUCUGUCAUCUAUUCUAGCUUGUUUUCUGUUUGUAGUUCAAGUAGUAUUGGCAAAUAUGUUUGAACAGGUUAAACAAAAAAAACUUAAGAAAGGAAAAUGAAGACAUGAAGAAAUGAGACACAUGCAUCUCCACAGAGCAGAAAAACUGUUAUUUUAUUCCAUAAUUUGAUAUAAAGGCUACUCUGUGAUAAACUACAUAUUCAUUGAAGAAAUUUGAAUAUUUUAAGCUUUUUUUUUUAUUCUGAUGGUUAUGGUUUGUAAAUCGAGUAUCUCACAUAUAUAGAACAUUUCAUUGGAUUUACACACUGAAUACUUGGUUAGGGCUCCUUCACUGCUAAUUACUUUCUCAGUGUAAUGUGGCAUGGGGUGUUAAGCCAAGGUUGCUUUGAUGGCAGCCUUUAGCUUGUCUACAUUAGGUGCUAAAUCUUGCUGGCAAAGAAAAUCAGCAUGCCAUAAAGCUUGUCAGCAGUACAAUGGAAGCAUGAAGUGCUGUAAACUCUCCUGCUUUUACCUGGACUGAUAUGUCUCUAAGUCAAGUGCUUGACAUGAACAGCACAACAGUUUUUCCUUAAGACAUCAGGAAAACAUGCAUCGUGGAUCUUGGCGUAAUACUACAAGCCUUAGUCCACUCCUUAUGAAGCUCCUCCAAGGUCUAGAAUAGAUUUUUAGGGGGACUUUUCAGCCUUCCUUGGCAUACCCUGUUUGUGGAGGGAGUUGAUGAUUAUCUUCUGGUCAGCCAUUGAGUCAGCAGUCUUUACCAUGAUUGUGUGGCAGAGAAACACAUUUUUUACCUCCGCCAAGGAAGUUAUGUUUUCGGUAGCGUUGGUUUGUUUGUUGGUUUGUUUGUGAGUUUGUUUGUCUGUGAACAACUUUACGGAGAAAGUAACAGAGGGAUUGACCUGAAAUUUUCACCAGAGGUGCGUCUCAGCCCCAGGAGGAUCCCAUUACAUUUUGGUGGUGAUCUGGAUCGCCUUCUGGAUCCAGGAAUUUUUUGAAGGAUUCUUUAUCAUUGUGAGAUAGGGCAAAUUUUGGAAUUUUUGCAUUUAACUCUAUAAAAAUGGCCAGAGUCUUUAGUAAAAAAUGACACAAAAGGAUCUCAAUGAGUUUUAUGAGGUGUCAAAGGUUGAUCCUGAUCCAGACAAAAUUCUGGAUACUGUGAUCCAGAACACACAAAAAUAAGGGUGUCGUUGGAAUUUUCAAUGCUGAAAGAUAAGCAAUGGGCGGCACAGUGGUGUAGAUAGGCGGCACAAUGGUGUAGUGGUUAGCACUGUCGCCUCACAGCCAGAAGGUCCUGGGUUCCAAUCCAGGACAGGGCAUUUCUUUUUUUUAGAAACAUUAUGAACAGUGAACAUACCAGUUUAAACACAAAUAAAAGUUCAUAAAAGACACGUAACAGUAAAAGUUUUGGUGUGAAUCACAAUAUAAGGGGGGACAUGAGCUGCUGGGCGGAGGUCUGCGCUCUCCGAGUGCUUUUCUAGUUUUUCUCAUGAUAUUCCCCGUAGCAUCAGAAAAAUGCCAUAUGAACAUGUAGACAACAAGAAAAACAUGAUUUUCAUCAGAGAGGGUCUUUAAGAUGCAGCUGUAGUUUUGAAGUUGUUUUCUCAAUAGGGAAUCUACUUUUACAGUAAAUGCAGAUUACAGUCCCACUGUCUCAAAUUCAGCAACAUAUUUGCACUUUCACCUUGCUUUGUUUGACUUUGAAAAAUGACCUCUAAAUUCAUUACCUGGCUGAACACAGCCAGCAGAGAUGGCAGAAAGGUUACGUAAGAAAUACAAUGUCAAAUGAGACAAUUCAACCACAAAGACGCAUCAAAUUGUAAAGAAAAACAAGGGCACAAAAGUACCACAUAGAUGAACAAAACAAUGACUGAGCCAUAAAAAUAAAGGACAAGUGAAAGGUAACAAACCAAACAUACACACAAAUAACUGAAACACAAAAUGACAACAAAGCGUUGAAAAGGAGGAAAGGAGUGGGUGGUGACAAAAGAAACAAACACCAGGUUUGUGUUUUCUUCACAUUUCUCAGCCAUGCUUCUAUACUAAAAUAACUGCCAGGGCUAAAGAGAUAAUGAUAUACAGCCUACAGUUACCAGGAAGAGGUCACUGAGUGUAGUUCACCGAAUAAAGUAACUAAAAAGGCCAGCCUUUUGUAGCUGUGGGUUUGGUGCUCUGGUUUAAUACUGCUGUCUUUCACAAAAACAGGAGAAAAAGAAACACUUCCUGGGCUUGUAUUCGGUAUGCCACUGUUUGAACAAAUAAAAUGAUCAGAAGGAGAAUAAAAAUGACAGAGACUUAUGCUGUGUUAGAGUCACCUUGGAAGUCAGGCGUACGAGCUGGGAAUGACGUCACACCAGAGUUACAAGUGUUUCAGUUACCAAGUCAGAAAAAAGCAAAAUCAGAGGCAAACAAGAUGGCUACUUCUACGAAAGUUAUUUUGGCGCUUGUUAUGUUAGUUAUUUAGAGUCAUUUUAGCAUCCCCUUGCCGAAUGCCGAAAAUCCUUAACUAAUAUACCUAUGUUUAUUUUGGUUACAUACUUUUUACGGUUACUCUUUGCGCAUCUGUAGCUAUGAAAGAACUUGACUUGUUGCUUACUAUAAGAAACACAAAGCAGCUGUAGUCACAGUAAUAGCCUAAACUUCACUUUUCAUGAACAUAAGCUAACAUUACCCAACAAUCUUAUCAUCAAUUUGUGUUUACAAAAGCUUUAAAUGUCUCAUACUUAAAGGACCUCCAUCUGACAGACUCAGUGUGCUUUUAAAACAAACAUUUUAUUGUUUUUUUAUUGUUGUUUUUGAAUUGCACUGCUAGAUUUCAGUAGUCUGAUAUCUCACCUAGACCCUCCUAGUGUUUUUCUAUCUCAGUAAGUAAGUUUAGCUACAGAUGCACAUGUCUCCUGCCAAGCUUUUAAUGAGGACUGAAUACACACCCCAGGAUCCAAUUAUCUAGAUUAAUACAAUUUCACACCCGUCCAAUUCACACGUUCAUUUCAUGGCCCUGAUCCGUGUGGAUGAGGGCUAUUUGAUUCAUUUCAGAUCUUUAACCCCAUCAAACCAGUCAUCAGGGUUUGUAUGAAGAAUUAAAACAUAAUCAAGGUUUCAAUAUGAUUCAAUUAAGACUUUGAUUUGGCCCUUUGACACUGUCUGCCAAACAUUUUGAUUUAUUUUUCUUCCCUCAAUAUCCCAACAUGAUACUAAGCUACUACAUCAUGAUGUGGAUCAACUCCAUGUUUUGUUGCCAAAUGUGUCUAUGCCAUACACUGGUUAGGCCGCAAUCUUUAAGAAAACGUGAUAUUCUGACACUGAUAAUCCAGAUGUAAUUUUUCUUUUAUAGAAAUUCACUACUUUGGUGUUCCCGUCGUUUUUAAUUUGUCAAGCACUCUUUAAAUCCCCAGCCUGAGAGGGGUUUUGUGCCAGCUCCUAAUCCACAACAUUAUCAUUAACAUCAACAUUAUCAUUAACAUUUUAUACUUGAAAUCAUUUGGCGAAAGGUACUGUGCACUAACGUGUACCUUCAAACAGCUGCCAGGAUUGGCUGAAUAUUCUUGAGUCAAGUAACACAAGUAUCUUCAUUUAGACUGACAUCCAAUUGUUCAGAUUGCAAGGUUUGGAUAAACAGCAAAAAAAUUUGAGUCGAGACAAAAAUACAAUAGUUUAAUUUCUGGUGCAUCAGCUCUUCACCUGUCCCUCACGAGUCCUUCAAGUGAUGCAGUCCUCGUAAAUAAAUCAAAUAUAUUACAAUAUAACAGCUAUACUAUGGACUAUGAAAAUACUCCUAAGAUUCAUUUGUUUUUGUUGACGCUGUCAGAAAAGUGAUAUUGAUGAUAAUAUGUUGUGUUGCUGUACUGUUAACUAUUACAUUAAAAAGUGUCAUUGGUGUUCUGUCUCUCAUAAUUUGUAUGUGUGGUGAAAGUUUUAGGAAAAGCUCUAAAUACUUUUAAUGUAGCAGAGUCACACACCACUGUUAAAUACUGCCCUAACAAUGAAGAGGUGGCUUCAUAAAAACUAACUCUGUUAUCCACAACUGUAUCUUGAACUGUUUUCGGUAGCGUUGGUUUAUUUGUUUGUUUGUCUGUUAGAAACUUUACGGAGAAAGUAACAGACGGAUUGACCUGAAAUUUUCACCAGAGGUGCGUCUCAGCCCCAGGAGGAUCCCAUUACAUUUUGGUGGUGAUCCAGACAAAAUUACGGAUACUGUGAUCCAGAACACACAAAAAUAAGGGUGUUGUUGGAAUUUUCAAUGUUGAAAGAUAACCAAUGGGCGGCACAGUGGUGUAGAUGGGUGGCACAGUGGUGUCGUGGUUAGCACUGUUGCCUCACAGCAAGAAGGUCCUGGGUUUGAAUCCUGGUCAGGGCAUUUCUUGUUUUUUAGGAACAUUAUGAACAGUGAACAUACCAGUUUAAACACAAAUAAAAGUUAAUAAAAGACACGUAACAGUAAAAGUUUUGGUGUGAAUCACAAUAUAAGGGGAGACAUGAGCUGCUUGGCGGAGGUCU